UUUAAAAGUGAAAUGGUACGUUCAAAGUAUGGCUAUCCGGCAAAACAAGGCCUUUACUCGCCGGAGUUCGAAAGGGAAGCUUGCGGAGUAGGGUUUGUGGCGAAAAUCAAUGGGGAAAAAAGCCACCAGGUAUUUUCUUUUAAUGAACACUUCGUUAAUUAAUCUUAUUCCUUAACUGGUUACCAAUAAUAGUUGCUGGAAUCCCAAACGUGAAGAGUAAAAACAAUCGUAAGUUAACACACAUAGACCGCCAUUCAUACAAAAUCUCUGUACGUUUUUGUACAUAAUAUAUGCAUUUACGAUUCUCCACGUGGUACGAUUGACAUACCUGUGAACAGAAGUCCAAACCGUAGCAAUAAAUUGUCAUUACGAUCUAGUGUAGUUUUUUGAGCAAAUUGUUUUUUUGCACAGACGUGCUUUGAUCGGUACUGGAGUCACUGAAAGUUUUCGCGCUCAAAGUGUAAAACUUUAGUUAGGCAGGCUCAAAUUCAUUUUAUUCUGAGUUCGGUUAACUUUCCAGUUUUUUAAAUAUCGAUGCGCAAGCUUACUUAUAUUGGUGUGAAUUUGUUGCUAUCGUUCUUUUAUGCAGCGAAUCUUUUUCGUUCCCAUCAUUAAAUAUUACUGAGUUUACAAGUUGUUUUUAAAGUUGGUCGUUGUUAAAAUUGUGUUGCUUCGUGGAACCCCUACUGGUCACGAAAUUGUAAUCCCAUCACAGGAGAAUAAGAUUUUGUUUAAUCUCUCAUAACUAACCAUGAAUUUUUCUCAUAUAUGAAAUAUAUACAGUGUGUAUGUGUGCCCAACAAAAUUAUCUACUCUGCAUUUUUGGAGUUAAUUCAAUUUCCGGUACUUAGCACUUAACAGCGUUGUGUGACACCAGCUGUUAAUUCCCAUCACACGACCUUGUUGUUAUAACGAAAUUAAUUAUAUUAAACUUAAGAAACAACCAGACAGUGCUUCUUUCUUACCUCCUAUAUGUUUUAUUUCACUGUCCAGUUUAUUAAAAUAGUUUUUUUUUGUUAUUUUGCAUUCUAACAAUUGGGGGUGGUAUUUUAUUUAUUUAUGUUUAUAUUGUUUUAUGGCCUUGCUCUUGGUAAAAGUUGAAGUGAUGUUUUUGUUUUGGUACAUUAAACUUUUAUAUUUCUGCACUACUGUAUACAUCCAUUGGCUUUACUCUUGCAGAUGUUUAUGUAAUCUUGAAAAUACUCUUUGGCGGAAAAAAGUAUAACCACGCCUUUGUCAGUUGUUGUGUCUAUAUUUUUAUCGAAGGUAUCAUCUGCCCAGAAAUAUUCUUGUGCUGACUGGAAUUUGUUCUGAAAUGUAAAAUAAAUUUCAGCUGAACAGCCUUUGGCUGCUGCUUUAAACAAACGUUCUUUUCAAUGCUUGAGAAAAAUAAAGUUAUAUAUUUUCGCACUUUAUCUUUUUUACACAAUAUCAUAUUUAUUGGAAAAAUAUUGCUCUAGAGAAGGUGCAAAAAUUGAAGAGACAAACAAAACUUAAGCUUCUACAAAACAUUAAUUCGAUUCUUUGCAUUUGAUAAAUAAAUUCUGUACCGAUGUUAUGUCACGCCCCGAAGUGAAAUGAAAAAAAAUGAAGAACUAAAUUUUGAAAUUGGAUGGACUAAAGGGAUUUUUCCAUUUGCCAGAACUGGCUCAUUGGAAAGAAAUAGUUCUUACUGGUGAGAUUGGAAGGUGGAAGUCCAAGAAUAUGGGCGCGGGAGUUACGCAAGUAGUCUUGUUUUCAUAAAGAUGUGGCUUCAACAACAUGACACUAAGCUGCAUAAACUCAAUGCAUAUGCAUGUACCUGCUUUUUGGUGUUAAAUAUGAUGUGCAAAAUGCCAAAAUGUUCAUUAAAAAUAAAUUUAUUUUGAAGAAGAAAUAUUGAUUUUUCCUUAUGAUGUUCACCAAUCCCCAUUAUAAAUAAUUAUUGUUAUUUAUAUCUACCACUUUCUUUUUUAAUAAUAUAAAUUUAGUAAAAUGAUUUUUUACACUAUUUUUCUUGUUUGUUUUAAUUUUAUGUAAAUUUCUUUUCCACUUAUGGGACAGUGAAAAAGUGACAAACUCCAUAGCCUACUGCAAGCUACAUUCUCACCGCGCACAUUUUUCCUUUCACUGUUCAUAUAAUUUGCUCUUUUUCCCGUUCUAAGUGAUAUAUAUUUUAUGUUUAUAGUAAAAUCUGUUACUGUCAAACUCAGAAAACCAGGAACACCUGAAAAAUUUCAGGAAUGUUGAUUGUGUACUGGCCAAUCACAAUAAAGUGAAGGAUAUGCAAGUAAACCUCAAAAUCAUAAACUAAUUACCAGUUUAUAGUUAUCUCGCACCUUAUUGGCUUAUCUCUCACAACACAAUAACAUUCCAUAAAUAUUUCUGGUGUUCACGGGUUUGUUAGUUUCACAGUAAAAGUGCAAAAAAUAUAAAUAUUCUGAAAUCUGAAUCUGAAUCUGAAAUAUCCCCAGCUGCGUACUGUAGCAUUUCUCAGGAGAAGACUACCAAAUUAGCCCACCUUCGUUAGAGCAUUCAAACAUUAUUCGAUAAGUCCUUGAGAUUUUCACUUGACUCAAGAGAAAAUAUAUACUUUUAUUGGUCAGUUUUUUAAUUUCAAAUUUAAUUUUCAGUUCAACUUCUGCCUUAACUUCUGGUUUUCGGAGGAAGUGCUCGGGAUGAGUAGUUAAUUAAACUUCUUGUUUCAGUGUUAAGUGUCCAUUAUUGAGUUGGGUGGAUGUUUUAUCACAGAAAAAAAAACAUUAUUCAUUGACAGAGCUGAAUACGUAAUUAUUAAUUAUUUGAGUUCAAGUCCAAUGUAAAGUUUUUGUAGCCCACUGGUCUUGUUGUGUUUCUUUUUUUUUUUUUCAAGGUAUUGUCAGAGGCACUUACAGUGUUGGAAAGGAUGAAGCACAGGGGUGCCUGUGGAUUUGAAGAGAACUGUGGUGAUGGAGCUGGGGUUAUGACUGGAAUUCCUCAUGCUUUUUACCAGCGAGUCAUUCAGUAAGAAGUCUACAUUUGCAAUUUGGAGCACAUUGUGCUUUCUAAGACACUGUUUAAAGAUAUUCACGCUAGUAAUUGUUUUAAAGGCACGCAGCUCUGGGUCAAAUGUCAAACUUCGCAUGAGCUGCAGUAAUAAAUGCUAAAGAAGUAAGUCACAUUAUAGCUCACAAUCAGCAUCAAGCUUGGGUUAUGCUUGUAAAGUUUGGCAUUUUGAUGGCCUUGCAAUAGACCUUUCCUUGGUUUUUUUUUUCUUCUUUUUUUGUCAUGGACUGAAGUUAUGGAAAAUCCAUCCACUCCGCUGGAAAGAGCAAUAGUAAACUUGCUUAUUCUAAAGUUAUUUGUCUGAAGUAGCCAAGAAACAGGUCCACAAAACUUGAGAAAUUUUAUAGUCAUUUGUUUGGUGGGGAGCACAAAUUUGCAUAUAGAUAUAGUGACAAUGGCAACUUCUCUACUAAAUCAUUUUUGCUAUGUCUGUGAGGAAGAAGUAGAAAAACAUUACUUUAAACCUGUUAUUGUUGGUUCCUUAAUACCUUGCUUGCAGGCGGAUUUCUUAUUUGAUAACCAACAUUUCCACUUUCCAGUUUGAUCCAGAAUUGGUAGAUAAGGUUAACCACUAAAUUGUUGUUAUUUAUUUAUUUAUUGAGUGGUGAUCUUUGUCAUACACAUGUUUCUUAGCAUUACAUUUAUUUAUUUUUUCUUCAGAGAGAAAAAACUUGGUUUCAAGUUGCCAUCUCUUGGUGAUUAUGCUACAGGGAUUUUUUUCAUUGAUACAGAUCUAAACAAGGUGAUAAUUUAUUUUAUGGAAUCAAAGGUGGUGUUUUGGAUGUAUGCUUAUUGAGUUUGAAUUGAAACAUUUUAUAUUGGUAGAGAGUACUUUAAGGGGAAACAACAUGUGCUGCAAAUCAAUCAAGUGCCUGUUGGUCAGUUUUUGUAACCAGCAGGCUGUGACCUUGUGGGAUUCCUGCAAAAAUUAUCAAAUGGCAAUAAGAAGUUCGCUAAUGUGAAGUGGCGUAAUAGCGUGGUUAUGAUUUGCAGGCCAGUGUAGGUGUGGGUUUUGAUGGGGGUUAUUUGGGAUCAAGUUACAGGUGUCCUUUCAUACUUACAGCUGCCCACCUGCAAAUUGAAAAUAAGAAUCCUCCAGUUUUUGAACAGUUUUGUUAUAAAGAGGCCCUGCCAGGAGGUGGGGGGGAGGUCCCAUGUCGCCCAUCUGAAUUUUAAAACGUCUGGUGUCAGUGAUUAUAAAUGCUUGUCGCUUAUUGUCAGCUUUGCUGUCACUGUCGCAAUUUGGCCGCAAUUUGGGCUAUGUCACUUGUCAGAAUUUACCCUGGCAGGGCCUCAAUAAACAAGAGAAUAGUACUUCAGCAUUUUGCCAUAAAUGUUCAAAUGACAGAAAACAUUAUGUUGUGGGUCAAUUUUAUCCUUGGUGAGAAAUGUUAAUUAUUUUUUCCUAUGUUUGAAAAUUAUUAUUAUCAUUAUCAUAUCCAAAAACAAAAGAAAGGAAGUUUUUAAUCAAAGGUAAGAUUGAACCACUUCACAGCAGUAAAAUAUAUUGUGCAUUUUUUGUUCUAAAGACCUUUGUGGUCAGUAGGUCAGUAGGUCACACAGAUUGUAUGCUGCAAACAUUAAUCAGCUCAUGUAGAUCAAUGUUAAUAGCCACUAGGCAUAUCAAAUUUCAUAUAGGGUCAUGCAUGAAUGCAUGAAUUCUAACUACUGCAGGCCUGACAUUCUACAUGAGUUUGUUUCAUAAAUAUAAAUAAAAAUGCCAUAUACCACAAUACUGCAAGUUAGACUCUUUUGUUUGUUCUAAACUCAUGGACCACAACUAAAAUAUGUGUAUAUGCCAUGGGCGAUGGUUCUUGACUAACUCACUUUCAACUACUUGUAACACACAACUGCCCCCUAUCUCCCUUGAGUUCAUCCAGGUCCUAAUAUUUUUCAGCAGGGGUGGGGUAGGGGGUGCACGGGGCAAACUCAAAUCCUGGUGAUAACACUGGUCUGGAAAAACUGGCCACUGAAGCAAGCGGAAAACUGUGUUUUAUGGUUAUGCUGCUGUGAUAUUGUAGAAAAGUUAUUUAAUGUGUUAAGAGAUUCAUGCUGACAACAACACUUAUUCAUGUCGCCCUUAACAAGACCUAGAACAGACUGGAUCAAAAUAAUUUACCCACUAUUAAAUUCGGCAUGAUUGCCAGUGUAUUAGUUAGAUAUAGAAGUUGCAUGCUGUGAUCCAGUCUACGAUGCAGGUUUUGUUGUUAUACUCACAGAAACAGCUAGUGCACCAAUAUUGAAUUGAUCAUUAUGGUGUUUUGGGGGGAUGCCCCACCUUGUUCCAUUUUCUGUAAACUGUUCUCCUUUUUUUAGGCCAAAGUGUGUGAAGACAUGUUUUCAAAGCUUGCACAAGAAUGCAAUAUCAAGGUUAGUUUUUCUCCCUUUUUUAGUUUAAAUUUCAGUUAAAAUGCUACAGUGUAUAGUUCAUUAUAAACCAUAAAUAAGUAAAUAUUGAGGUGCUUCAAGAAUUGGAAUAUUUCGAACAGUCAAGUGGCAGAUGCAUGACAAACAGUGUAACACAUUAUUUUGAUAAUUUUCUAAGGUUGUAGGUUGGCGUGAUGUACCAUAUGAUAACAGCAUGAUAGGAAAAACUGCAGCAGACAGUCAACCUCUGAUAAGACAGGUAUUUAUCAUGAUGUUAUUAUUGCUGUAUAAUACACUCAAUUGCUCAGUUUUAGUAUAUGGGGCCCGUACAUUUAUGUAACAUAUUCACCUACUCACGAUCACCUACCCUGCUACAUCAUAGCAGAGCCCCUCUAAACCUUUGCAGGUGAUACAGCCACAAGACCAGAAAUGCCUAAAAUGAUGUCUGUCUGUGCGGUUGUGUUGGGGGAGAACAGGGGUGGUGGAGGAUAUGCAAAUGUGUGGGUCUGUAAUGGCAAAAAAAGCAAACAUGUGGUAAUAAACAUAAGGAAAUAUAAUAAAUUAUGCAUUUCUGGGAAGGAAAAAGAUUUAAUUUGACAUUUCGUAUGUUCCAACAUACAUCUUCAGAAGAAAUAAACCUUUGAACAACAACAGAAAUUCAAAUACAUGGGAUGGAACUUAAAGUUAAAUUAAACCUUUUUUGAUUAAUACUUAAAUAUUCAGCUUGCAAUAUUAAAUCUCUUUUGCCAUAUCCUACUGGGAUAAUUGCCAUACAUUGUUGCUGUACAGCAGUACGUCGAGAUAAUUGUGUUCCAGGCCCCAUGCUUUGCCAGAAUCAAUCACCCACAAAUUAGUUAAGACCCCAGGGUUAAAACAGUCUGCCCUACUAAAAGGCCUUUUUGAAAAUUUUGCUGAUUUCAAAGGAGAAAAAUGUAAUUUCCCUCCCCCACCCCACCAUUCAAUGUUUGAGCUACAUGUGGGAAACGGCAAACACCUCAACUUUGAAGGGAGGGAGGAGGGGUGUAGACUGUUCUGUUCUCCAAAGUAACCCAUUUGGUGACAUUGUCGCAACAAUUUUACUGCUGAUUGUAGGAGGUUACCCUUGUAGAAAUUCAGUACAUUUAAAGUAUACUUUAUAUAGGUGAUAACCACUUUAAAAAGUAUACUUCAUUUGUACUUAAAGUAUACUUUAAGUAUACUUACCAGAAGUAUACUUUAAGUACACAACUUUUCGACACCUAAAAAGUAUACUUAAAGUAUACUUAAAUGAAAGUAUACUUGAAGUAUACUUAAUGGGAAGUAUACUUCAAGUAUACUUAAAAUAUACUUAAAGUAUACUCAAUGCAAUAUGUUAUCAAUCACUGAGACACGUCAGACUUGGAUCAAUUAUAUUAUAAAAUCAUUUAUUGAUAUAACAAAAAAAGCAAUACAAAUGUACUAAGAAAACAUAAAAAAACAUGUAGCAAAUCUUGUUGGAAUAGGUUUCCACAACAUAAAAAUAUACAUUUUCUAUUCCUAUCAAAGGAACUCACUGCAUUUGAUUACCAUAAUAUAUUAUUCUUCUUGAUUUUUGUAAAAUUUUCAUUGACAAUGAGAUCAUUUCAAGGAAGGUGCAUGUAUAUUAACAGGUUUCUUUCUGAACUUGCUUUAACUCACUUGUACUUUAUAAUUAUUGCUUAGAACCAUCACACAAUAUUCUUCUUAAUUUUAGUAAAUGUUUAAUAGACAAGAAUGAUUAGAUCUGUACUCUUUGGCUACAAAGGAAAUUGUGCCAUUACCUUAUUAAAGAAAUAUGUCUACCUAUUACGUACAAAAACUGGAAUGAAAUGCGAUUCUAACGAAAACAAGACUUGGGUUUUAUAUUUUGAAUUUACACUGCACUUUAGGCGAAGUAAACAAGCUUUUAGUUUGUAAACCUUACGGCUUAACUCGUGUGUCAUUUGCAAAGAAGAAUCGAUAUAUAUUGAAACGUCUGGAACCGAUACAUUUUUCACCCCAAAACUUACUUGUAUCGUCAAAAUUCAGUCAUGGUGUACUUCUUUUGUUUUCUUUUCAAGUUCCACUCAUAUUGUGCUCGAAUUGUGAAGAUAAAUUAAAGGCAAUACAGGGCUCGAAAUUGCGACUCACUGGUCGCCAAUGCGACCAAAAAUUGAGCACUGGCGACUAAAUUUUCAGAACUGGUCGCCAGCUGGCGACUCGCGUUUUGUCCGAUGACUAAAGAAAACCACGACACAACUUUUGUUUUUAAAUCUUUAUAUUUGGAAAUCAAUCGGAUAUGGUAGCUAGUAUACAACUCACCUUUCCGUCCCCAGUAAAAUAAUGUCUGAAUAUUACAAGAUAAUCGACACGUCGAUACUGCGUUCAGGGCGCGCCAUAUUGUUUCAGCGGCUUCUUCCGAAACUGGGAUCGCAGGCGCACUUCAACAACAAAAAUGGUGGCAGAUACGGUGUCUCCGUAACUCCCGCAACAUUUUAGGUUUUAUUUUCCUAAAACGUUCUGUCUAAAAGGAAACGAAGACCCAAAAACUGCACUAAGCCCAUUUUUGUUUCCUCCCGGUCGGAGACUGGUACGAGCAAUGUGGUUGCGUGAGGCCUGGGCCAAGCAUGGCGUUGUUUGUCGGCAGCGAAGGCGUUGAGGAAAGCAAGUCGAAAAUAAAGAACGGCAUUUCGUAGAAGUAGCAAAGGGCAAAUACACAAGGACCCGUGUUUGUCUCAGAAUGAAAACCACGGACUUAAACGCGUUUUAUGCUUGGGCUUCAUUUAAAAUGACUAUGGAGACAACCAUCACCUUCGGACCAGAGACAUAUCACCUGAGAACAACGGUAGCUUUAUAACUAAGUGUUACUCGUGUUGUUUCUAAUUGUUUUCGCUCUUCAGUUGUGACUUUUCUUGCAUGCAAAGUAACGUAUAAAAUCGUGUUCUUGUGUAAGUUAUAUAUAAAAUAAGUUGGCGACCAAAAUUUACGAUCUGGCGACCAAAAUUUUUCCGUUAGUCGCCAGCUGGCUCCCGAACAAAAAAGUUAAUUUCGAGCCCUGCAAUAUUCCAAGCGUAUAAAUAUCUUGAAGACUCUAUGCAAAGCUCAACGAACGUUCCUUCGAAUCUGUAUCGCCCGCCAAAACCAUAUAUGGAAGUUAGGCAUGCUGUAAAUGAUUCAUACAUGACCGUAUUAGGAAAUCCACAAGAUCCCGUAUAUGUUCCGACGGUACUGGAAGUCAGCGGUAAUUCAACACCUUCAUAUAUACAUUUCUUUUCUCAAACGUAAAGAUGUCCGACGAUAAGCGAUGGUUUUGCUUCGAGUUUUCGUUCUAUUUCUUAAGGUCCUCGUAAAAAAGGAGGACAAACGACGCGGGCCUUACAAAAAUUCCACGAAAGACGUUAAAGAAAUGACCAGAAUGAAACUGUUUGACUUUGCCAUUUCACCCAGGGAUCGGCGGAUGAUCUUCCUACGAAGGAAGUCGACUCAACAGCUAAUGUGUGCCCUGUGUAUCUAGAAACCUGUUAUAUACUUCACCACUCUGAAGAAAUCUUUGCAUGAUCUCAACUGUGUCCUUAACAGAAGAAAACUGAUUUGAUCUGAAUAGUAUUUUAAAGUUAAAUUAUACUUAAAGCAUACUUUUAGUAUACUUUUGUCUUGUAGUGAUUUCAAGAUCCGGACAAACCUUCUUAGAUCCUCAGAUCAGAAUGUGUCUAUCAGUUUCAAAGUAUACGUAAAGUACAUUUUUCUUUGCGAAACUAUUUUUCACAAGCACUGAAGUUUGAAGAAGUAUACUUAAAGUAUACUUAAGUAUUUGAAGUAUAAAUGAAGUACAUUUGCGAAACAUACUUCAUUUAUACUUUUUUUCUGGAAGUACAAACGAGGUAUACUUCAAAUGUACUUUUUUUCUGAGAAGUACAUAUAAAGUAUACUUGAAGUAUACUUAAAGUAUACUUAAUUUCUACAAGGGUAGGAUGUCAUCUGCCUGAUCGAUUUUUCUAGAACCCAGUGUUCCCAAUCCCAGUUUAGAAGAACUUUAUAAUUAACUGGUCAUUCUCAUGGGCAUGCAUGAUGUAGAUGGCCUAGCCAAUCCAUUAUUAUUAUUAUUAUUAUUAUUAUUAUUAUUAUUAUUAUUAUUAUUAUUAUUAUUAUUAUUAUUACUACUCAAUCCUUAACUUCAUUGCGAAGUCACUGUAAUUGAUGUUCACCCUUCACUCUAAGCUGAUGUUAAUGGUUUUCUGAAUCCCUCAAUAAUAACUGGUGAGAAUUAUCAGCCAGAUCUUUUUUUCCUAAUCCAGUCUAAGUGCCUAUGUGUUCGACAAUUAACAGUUGGUUUCAAGUUUAACCUUAAUAACAAUGCAGUGUGCAAAAAAGAAAAAUAUCUGAACUUGAUCAAAGAAAUGAGUAGAAAUUACAGAUGAGUGAAAUUUGUAAAUCUCUCCAUGAGCUCCCUGGCGUCUUCUCCAAUAAAUGCUCCACGUUCUUAGAUAUGAUGAAUGGCAUUGGCAUUGACGAAAAGCAGCAACUUUAUAUGAUCAAGAAAAUAAUAAAUAUAGUAGAAAUAGGAAUUGGGAAAGCCCAGACUUAAUGUAAUUUUCAUUUCUUUUCUUUUCUGUCUUUUCUUUUUUUUUUUUUUUUUUGAAUGAUCCAAUCUCAAGCAACAUUUGUAAAUUGCCUAUAUGUAGCAAGAUUUACAAUUCUACAUUCAAAAACACAAAUAAAAGUGUUCAUUAUUCAUUAUUACCAUUAUUUUGAUCAGUAUUUUUAUUUGGUAUAGGUUUAAAAAAAACAGUAUUAUUAUUAAUUAUAUAUUUUUUUAAUAUUGAAUUGCUUGUUAAUAUUAAUCAGGACACUUUAAAUAUCUUGUUGUCUUCCACUGCACUUUUUGCAAUGAUUUAUUCAAUAAAUUACUUGCAGGUUUUUGUAACAAGUGCACUUGAUCAAGAGACAUUCAAGAAACAGGUUGGAAUUUAACUCGAUCAUUUUUAACACCUCAAAAGUUCAUCUCAGCCAAAAGGUUCAUCCUGACUCCUUGAAAGUUGAGAUUUAACGUAGAACUAGAUAAACUGUAGUUUGGUUGGAUUUUAGUGUGCAUCAUGUUUGGGUCGGAAAUGUUAUCACAAGUUUAGGAAAACAUUUUGAAUGGUAGGUUUACAAGAAUUUGUACAUCAAACCUCAGAGAAUUGGUCUCAUUGUGCACUUCAGAGGGUCAGUGUUACCUUGUUUCAGAGCAGUGAUUGAUAAUUACUGUUAACUACUUAUUUUGUUUGUUUGUUUGUUUGUUGUUUUUUUCAGGUUUACCUCUUGAGAAAAAUGGCAACAAAUAUAAUUGGAACAAAGAAUCGUCGCUUUUAUAUCUGUAGCUUGUCAUGUGAUACAAUUGUGUACAAGGUAAAGUCAGCGAUACUUGUGGUGUUAACACUUUCAAUUAUUAUUAUUGUUUAUAAUGAUAAUAUCAUAGGUGACGAAUUACUCCUAAAUUUUGGCGCGAAAUUUCAGCGUUAAUUUGUAAUUUCACAUGUCAAAUUACAAAAUUGCCAUGGCAACCCUUCCAUACGUCUCAGUGUCAAAAUGGCGACGAAGUUUUAAAAUGCCGUGAAUGAAGAUGUCAGGGCACAAAAAGACGCUUUAGAAAACCUGAACACACAAGAGAACAUCAAGAAGGAUUCUAACAGGUAUUUUGCUGAAAAAGUCUGAAAAAUUCUGAACUUAAGGUCUAAACAUUUGAGAGAGUGGAGUUCUCGAUCGAUACGAUCCAGGAUAAACAUGUCAAAAAUCCAAGAUUGCUAACAUAAUUCGUCACCCAUGAUAUUAAUAGGUAAUCAAAUGGUAUACUCGUGAAAUUAGGGAAUAAUUUCACUUGCCUAAAAGGCUUGGGAAAUUAUUAGGAUUUGGACAAAACGCAAGUGAAAUUAUUCCCUAAUUUCACUCGUCACCAUUUGAUUACACAUACUUAUUGUUAAUCUUAUUCAUUAUUUUUAUUACUUUGAUUUUUUCUUUUGAUGGGUCAUUACAAGUAUAUGACAUUAGGCAUUUAAGUAAGUUGGUAAGUAAGUUUUUGUUUUUUUUUUUAUUUUCAGGCUAUUUUUGUUAAAGAAAAUGUAUUAGACUGCUCUUUUGAAACAAAAGAAAAUUAAGAUAUCUGCACAGGCAAAAUCUUGACACUUUCUUUUGCACUCAUAAUCUUUCUGCAGUUAGUUCAGAUGAUGUAAUACGCAAGUUGAAAGAUAAAUUUUAUAAAUACCAGAAGUUAAAAGAUGAAUUUUAUUUCGAUUAUACUGAGAAAAAUGCCAAUGGGAGACUGCAUUAGCGCAACUUGACUCCCCUUUUCAGCAUCAUGAAAGUAUUCACUCACUCAAUGAAAUCUGUUUACUGCAUGGUCUCAUUUACAAAUAUAUAUAUGUCCAACUUAAUUUUCCUUGCAUCUGUACAGGCUAUGAUGAAUAACGCUUUUGACCGGAUUUGUUUCAUUUAAAAUUUGCUACAAAAUAGUAAAUUGUGCUCUAGACGGUGUAGAUAUAUGUAUCAAUUGGAGCAACAUGGUCAAUUUGUUAUUGAAUGACAACCUGACUGCGCUGAGACAAUCUGUGAAAUUUGGAGUACAUAAUCUCAGGAAAUUUAUUUGUUAUUCUAGGGAAUGUUGAAGCCAGUGCAGCUGCAAGAUUUCUUUCCAGAUUUGCAGUCAGAGGAUUACUGGCAAGUACUAAAGCUGUCAUCAUGGACUUAAGACAAUGACUUAAAUGGUUCAUCAAUGCUUGUAUUAAAUUAACAUACCCAAAUUCAGAGAUCUUGGUUCGAGCAUAAUUGCCUAGCUAACUGCUAAUUUUUCUUCUUCAUUUUUCUAUCAAUCAUCUGUUUCCAACAACGUGUAUACAUGUAGGGUUUAAAAAUUUACAAGUUUUGGCUUCAUCCUCCUAUAACAUUACCCAUGUUGUCCAUGCAGGAGGAGUGGUACAAUGCACUAAUAUUAUUACUCAUCCACUAGCUGCUGUUUCUCUUCUGGGAUAACUUUGAAAAUCGUUGCUUCUUAGCUUGACGCUUCAUGUUUGUGUUGUUGCGUUCAUUCACGAAAAAGAAAACUGGCAGUGUUGUUUCUGCCUUCUGUCACGCCACUUUCCACAUGCUUUGAUCACAUGCUGUAAUGUAACCCGAGGGGCCUACAUUGUUCAAUGUAUCACUAUCAGGAUACAUUUGAUUGUAGUCAAGGCCAUGUGACCAAGAAUCGGCCAAUGGCUGUCCCUGUUUAGUUGAGUGAAAGUCUAGGAAUAUAAUUAACAAUAAUUUAUUCCUCGAGCCCGAAUGGCCUCUGAGUCAAUAGCCCACGAGGCUGAAGGCCGAAUGGGCUAUUGACUCAGAGGACAUGAGGGCGAGAGGAAUAAUUGUUUUAGUAAAAUCCAACUAGUUGGUCAAAAAUAUCAAGACAAAACAACUUUAGCUAGUUAAAGCUAGACUUUGAGCCUUUUUUUGCUGCCAAAAACCGAAGCUUUGCGCUACUAGUGGGCUGUAACAUAUGGCCUAGUAGUAGCUCAACCAAUCAGAAUGCAGCAUUGAUAAUAGACCACUAGUUGGAUUUUAUGAACAAUGUAUGUAUUACUCCUCAACUAGUCAAUCCACGAUAUUUACAUGUAAUACACCUGAUUGUCAUGAAUGUAUCGGUUUCAACAAUUGGCUUUAUCAUAAUGUGUGCCGCAAAACUUUUUUCAAAUGAUGGCGAUUGACAGUCUUUAUUAUACAAUAUCAAUUAUUUGAUGACCAUUAAUUUAGUUAAAGCUUGGUGUAUGUUGUAGGUUCUCUCUUUAUUUAUAAUUAGUUAUUGUAAUUAAUUUAUUUGUGUUAUCUGAGAUCAUGUUUUGCCUUGGUACAGGACCCAUUUUGCUCUGGUUCAUGGUCGGUUCUCAACAAACACAUUUCCAAGCUGGGAGCGAGCACAUCCAAACAGGUAUUAUUAAGUUGUUAGGAUGUCAAUAAAUCAAUUUAAAAUUUGGUUCCUGUGAGCUCCAGAGACCUUUGAUGCUUCUAUACCUUUGUGUAGGAAUUUCGUUGUGACAGGAGCUGAAUAUAUUACUAGGAGUAAUCGGCUCCUGACGGUGCUGGAGAAUCCUAAUCAGAUUUUUUUUUAGAUAUUAAGAAAUUAAAAAAACAAAAGAAAAUAAUUUUUUUAUUUUUUUAAUUCACAGACAUCUAAGUGUAUAUAAUUAUAUAUAUUUUAUUUUUUUAAUUUAUGUUACGGUGUCCCCAAUUGGCAACACCAUGCUUAAGUUACACAACACUUGAAUAAAGCUUAUCAUUAUUAUAUUGCGGGCGACAAGAGGAGCCCUCAAUCCUAAUCUCAAAGUCGCUAUUACGCUUGCAUGGCGGGUACAUGUAUGUAGCCAGCUUUGUGUGGACUUCCCUUAAGACUGUUAAUGGUCCCUCUAUUACUUAUAUUAUAACAACAAAAACAGCAACCAACCAUUUAAUUUUCCAACUGAAAAAACGUUUACCAGUAACAGAAUAAAUUAAAAUAGAUAAGGCAAUAAACUACUCAGAAUAGCAAAAAAACGAAACGAGCUGAGUAUAUAUAGUUAUAAUAAUUAUUUAGUUAUAUUCUGAUGACAGGUGGUUUGACCCCAUCAAACACAGUGUUUGUUGGAGCAAGAGUGUUUUGACCUUCUAUCAUUAUCGCCUGCACUCCUUAACCCUUUAAGCCCCAAGAGUGAUCAGCAUCAAAUUUCUCCUUGUAAUAUCAAUUCUUUGUAAAACAGAGUGGUCAUGAGAAUUACGGACAUUAUCACACAAUAUGAAUUUGUUUGAUAUUUUAUCAACUUCUCCCCACUACUUCUGUUCGAAAUGAAUAGGGGCAACAAAUGAGAAUUCAAAUUUUGAUCUGAGGGUUUAAAGGGUUAACCUUUGGUUAUUACUAGUGUAUUUGAUUUUACAUUCUCCUUAAUGCGGUGGUUAUUUUACAGGUAUCUGGCCCACAAUGGAGAAAUUAACACAAUAAGAGGAAACAUCAACAACAUGAACACAAGAGAGGGAACAAUGUUUAGUAAAUACUAUGGUAGUGACACUCACAAGUAAGUAAACAGCAUUGUAUCUAUUGUAGGUCAAAUUUAGAAGAAGAGCAUAACCCACAAUUGGCACCAAUUCCCGUUUGGUUCUCGGCAAAGAUUUGAAAGGGGAGGUCCCACCCUGACGUCCAACCUCUUACCCUUUUAUAUACCAUUUAUGACAGAAAAGGGUACCCCUUUCGUAUACCGUUUCUUAAUUGACAAAUGGUACCCCUUUCACAUACUUCGUUUAGAACUUUUCAUCUCUUUUAACUGAUAAAAAUGCGCUGUCCUUAAAAUAUGGAUAAAUCUCAAAACCAGAACAUUUUCUUGACUUUUUCAUGGCUAUAAAGUGUAUCGGUUAGCCCUUUUGGGCUUUUUCACACAUGGAAAUGACAAAUUUUUCACCCGUAUACUUCAGCGAGUGAAAUCCCUACCCUUUUGGGGGGAGCCUUCCUGUAUAGGCCAUGAAAAGAAAUACCCCCGGGGGGCACCAAUAGGCCUAUUUUUUUGUCAAGUGGACAAUUUUCGUCUCGAUCUUUAUGAACAUUCCAACCAAUCUCACAAUUUAUAUUUGCACCAAGUGUCUUUUUGUACUGAGUGGGGACCAUUUUUAUUGUUUUAGGCCAAAAGGCGACUUUGAAAACAGUUACGCUCGGAGCACUGUACUAGGUAUUUUUGGUAAACCGUGAUUGCAAUUUCUAAUCUUUGUUUUUAUUUGACCAGACUCUUUCCAGUUAUUGAAGCAGAUCUGUCAGACUCUGGAACUGUAGAUAAUGUUCUUGAACUUCUUGUGAUGGCAGGUGGCCGAACUCUUCCAGAGGUAACAUCAUACAUUCAUUGGCCGCGUCCACACGUCUACGUUGUUGACAGCGGUUUGGCCCACCUUCCACUAGCCUGCGAACAGCAGACGCAGUUCCGGUCGUCGCUUCUCUGCGACGACCGGAAAUGCGUCUGUUGUUCGCAGGCUAACCUUCCACACGUGUCCGGUGAUAACGGAGUGGAGAUUUUUAAAAACGCCCGCUUUUCGUUUACGUGUGGGAGAAUGAAAACGGAAGUUUUCGAAUACGAUGAUGUAAUGCAUCAUAGACUACUAGAAUUACGCAUGCUUUUUGAGGAAAGCUAUUCUCACUGGAUAAAAAGCGCAAAAGCCUAAAUUAACAGCAAUGCACUUCUCAGCGUUCGCAGCGUGACCCAGGGGAAUACGCGGCAUACGCACAGACCUUGUCCGUCAAUCUAAAGGCCGUCUGCAUGCUAAUUCAGCCAGUUCCAGUAAAGUUUAGGUCUCGGAACCCUCGCAAGCAGUUCUCCCCUCACCCUCCUCCCCGCAGCGAUGGACCAUAUUCUCUUCCGGCCUAUUGUUAUCUCUAGUAUUACUCCACAUUUUUCCUGUUCCCCUUCGUGGAGGUCUCGGUAAUUAAGUGUUCGGUGCCGAGGUUCAUGGUUAUCGGGGAGUUGUUGCCGAGGGCCGAUUCUCCCUUAUCUUAUAAGUUUGGAUUCAUUUGGCUUUGUGUGUGUGGGUAUUCCUGGUGAGAAUAUAUUACUUUCCAUCGUCUUAGCGUUUCGUUUGGACGGGCGAAAACGAUUCGAAUACUCUGCGUGUGGACCAGUAUUUUUUUGGCAAACAGAGAAAAAGACAUUCUUCGUUUACAAAAACAUUUGGAUGCGUGUGGUUGCUAUGUUAUUAUUUCUAGUGGCUUAAUGAUAGACUCAGUCUCCACCCCUGGGUGUCCCGUUGUGCCCGCGGUACUCUUCACCUGGGUGAGGAGUACCGUGCCCAUUAUCAUCGGAAUAUUCAUAGUUUAUUUGGAGCGUGAGUUAAAAAAAAAUAAAUCAGGUCCUUGAAAGUCCUUUGAAAGUCCUUGAAUUGUGUAUAGGAAGAAUUGUAAGAACUCUGAGUUCAAUGGCAGCAGCCGAAAAAAAUAGACAAGUUCUUCUUAUCAUGUAGAUCCGUGAAAGUUGACUGAUCAGUUGGCCGCUCUGACAGCUAAUCCGUGAACACUUAGAAAAUUGUGGGCCUAACAGAGUUGCUAUAUUCAGAAAGUUUCAAAUUUCAGGUUCAAUAGCUAGUGACAUGUGCUGGGAUUUGGGUCUUAAACUUUAGAAACCUUUCCGCUAUUUGUUGACCCGUUCGCAUCUGAACCGCCCUAAAUGCCUGUGCGGAUACCAUUUGAAUGUGGCAUCAUUAAUGGUUCAGACAAAUUUGGCAUCAAGCUAGGAAGGGAACUUCGAACCAAACCGGAAUGAGGGCGUUUCAGUUAAACAGGCACUGAGGGACCUUAAUUACUUGUUUUUAAAUAAUUUUACGAUCUUUGGGAGUUUAUCGCGAAAACUUUACCCAUUGAAAUGAAGUCUAGUAAAUGCCUAACGAAAGGGAAAAUGGAAAAGAAAAGCAAAAGAAGCGGGAAGGGGAGAGAGCUAAUGUAAAGGUUUUGAUAUUUUGCCUUUUGUUCAAGAUACCCCAUCUUGAAAAUAAGGCAACAUAGUGCUUGACCUUAAAAAACACACAACAUUUUGGGCAGUUUUUGUUCUUUUUGGUCAGAAAACGGCUUAGCUUAAAACAACUUACGUUUUACAUCAAUGUUUUACAAUGUUUUACAUACAUGUAUUUGGUGUUCAAGGUUAUUUCACCAAAACCCUAGGUCAGUCUGUUUACAAAAUGAAUUAAUAUUGAUUUUGAAACAUAUACAGGCCAUUAUGACGAUGGUACCUGAGGCCUGGCAGGACAACAGCCUUAUGAGCCAAGAUAAGCAGGAUUUUUACCGAUGGAUCUCUUGUUCAAUGGAGCCUUGGGAUGGACCUGGUAUGUAUCGUCUUGAUCAGCAAUUUAAGGCUUACCUAGACCGCUUGCAGUCCGCCUAUUCUCUUAAAAUUCGUCCAGUUCUCAUCCCAGCCAGCGAGAUUGUUCUCUGUUGUACAUUGCCAUGGUUACAGUGACCAGAUUAUAGCUGCAAAACCAAAUCUCGCGGCAAAAGAACAGAACACAAGCCUCACGAUAAAGCAAUGGGACUUGGGGUACAACAACGAAACUCUCAACAAGCUAUCAGCAAAAUGCACGGCAGACAACAAAAAUUCUUGGCAACACAACAUAACUGCUGGUAGUACAGUGAAACCCGCAACAAAACGUUACGAACUCAUAGUGACAUAGUAAUUAAGUUCACAGAAAAACAACAACUCACAACAGCGCAGGAGACACUUACUCUGCCAGAAGUAAAGUGUUGGUUUUUACGGGUGUAACGUAUACGGCUAAUCACUUCCGCCUUGGUCAACUUCCCUUUGUUCUGUUGCCGUGCCGGAGUGCUUGUUGUGAGAUUUGCCGUUAUCGUAACAUCUAUAGGUCACUGUGUAAAGCUUAGUUUUAAAAAUGCGUUUAACCAAAUAAUCUUGACUAUUUAUUUAAAACGCUCAUUAACAGCUUUGUUCACGUUCUCUGAUGGGAGAUAUAUUGGAGCCAUACUUGACAGAAAUGGUCUGCGCCCAUCACGAUACUAUGUGACAAAACAGGGGUACAUGGUGACGGCAAGUGAGGUGGGAGUCAGCACUUUUCCCGAUGAAGAAAUUGUACAAAAGGUAAAUAGUAAUUAGAAGUUAUUGAAUUUGAUUCAGACUGGGUUUCCACUUUACUGUCUGGUUUCUCUCUCUCUCUCUCUCGUCAAGCAAAAAUCCGGUUUAAUUGGGGUCAAUUCGCUUAUUGUUAAAGUAAGGGUUUUGAAAGCGAUAGCUACAGUUUUAAAGGAGCUGUGUCACGAAACUCAGCCAAAUUAGGAAAUUACAAAAUGCCUGUCAAAUGAAGAGAAACAGAGAAAUAACUGCUUAACACUCUAAAGGAAGGUUAAAAUAACAUAACAGGAACAACAGAUGUCACGGAUGGGCAAAACUGAAGAAGAUUAAAACGGAUUGAAAUUAGGAUUUUUGAAAACUGUUCAGCCAAACAGUUUUUCAAAGUUGAUCCCUGCUGUUUGCAACUUCAAAAAUAAUGCUCAGGAGGCAUAUUUGUUUGUCUAGGGUCUCUGAUUUUGUCAUUUACGUGUAAUUUCUUUGCUUACUUUAACUUACAUAGCGAGUGAAGGCGAGUAAUUGGCAAAAUUAAACAAAAUGAACUGGACUGCCGUGACACAGCCCCUUUAAAUUUCCGGUUUAAAGUUUUGUUGAAUUGACCCUGGUUAAUAAGGGGACCUCACAGAACUGCGACAGGAACGUGUAAAACAGAUCUCUGCACGUGGGUCACGUUUUAUUGUAAAUUUCAUAGCCAUUUCUACAGAACUACGUGCGACGUGAAGUGACCAAAUUUUACGUUUUCUUAAGAACGAGAACAAUCUGUCUGAACUCGGACGUAGGCCCCUCUCUUCAGCUCUAACCUAGUUCUCUUCUUUUGAGUACAUUAACGGCCUGACUUGGAAAGUUUGAAUGGAUGCAAAGUCCAUUUUUUCAUAGCCUGUUCACAGACCCUCUAUAAGAGAUCGUCGAGCGGGCGGAUGAAAAUAAAAACCGCGAAGGAUUUGAUGACCGCUAGCGCAAGCGGGUGGUAAUGAAGAAAAAAACAUUCUUUUUUUCCUUCUUUCGCAUCGCCCUCGCUCUCUUGUUCCGUGCUCUCUUCGCUCGCGUGCUCGUCGAAAAGGAAAAAAACGUCUGCGUACAGGGUAAUUUUUUUGGCGACAUUUUCAUUGGCAUCACCGUUUUCGGGUCGUUAGUUCCCAACAAGAGAGGAUCCUGAGUAACAGUUACUUGCAGCUGACACCAAUCCUCCAUCUUCAGCACUGGUCUUCUUCGCAGUCGCUCGAACCGGAGUCACGCAAUGCUCCCCGCCCCCACUUUGCGUGACUCCGGGCCGAGCGGCUGACAAGGAGACUACUUCAGCACCUGACUAAUGUUGACUUAUCUUAUUUGGCUGAGUGUACACAAUUUUUUCAUAGAUUUUAGAAAAUAAGAACCGGUUUCAAAUUUUAGGCUAAACAUGUUCUCAUACAGAGGGGGCUUGACUGCCAAAUUUUAUCCCAACAGGUUCUUAAAAUCCAGGUCAUAGUUGCGGGGUUUUACUGUACAACACAUAUUAUGAUUACCAUAAAAUUCUAUUACCCGUGGUAUGUAAUUAACUUCUGCUAUUCUCAACUUGACAGGGUCGUUUGCGGCCAGGCAGAAUGCUUCUAGUGGACACGACGAGGGGUUCCAUUGUUGAAGACCAUGAAGUUAAGAGUGGCAUGAUUAGCCUGCGACCCUGUAAUGAGCUACUUAGACAGGGUGUCAAAACACUGGCUGAUAUUCACCAAUCAUUUAAAGCCUCGAAGAACCUUUCUGAUGGUGCAUUACCUCUAAUCCAACACCCGGCUCAGAAUGAACUGUUACAUAGAGACAGACGGCUGCCAAUGUUUGGAUAUUCUCUAGAGGAUCUGAAUAUACUUAUUUUGCCGAUGGUAAAGAACAAGUAAGUUAAUUUUCUAAACGUUGUCAACGAGGAGAUGAAAUCAAAAUAGGAUCACUCUAAUACAAAAAGGGCAGUGUACGACUGCGUGUGGCUACUGCUUUAUUUUUGUAGAAUAUUGCAGUAAAAAAAGAAAAAAACAACCACGAACUUCAACACCAGAAAAAGGGAAGAAAAGCGCUAAAGCUCGUGAAUCGAUCCCGGAUAGACAGUUAUGUAAAAACUCCACGUACAGCUGUAGGCCUACACUUUUAAAGCUGUUGUAGCCAUAAUAAGGGUGAAUUCAAGGAUAGAUUCUAGCAGGAUAAAAAUGUGGGUUUUGACACCAAACUGAAUCCAUCUUAAAACGAAUUAUUUGUCCGAUUUGAAGAACAUAUGGCUGACACAGUCAAUCAAAUUCGCCUGCAUUAGUAAAACGCGCUGAUGGCCCAGAACGCCUCCAAUUUCUUUGUAAAAUACACUGUCGAUGAAGCUCAUGGCCAAAAGUAAAUUCUUUACAGUGCAAACUGCGUCAACAUGUAUACCUUUUGUGUUACUUAGGAAGGAAGCUCUUGGCUCCAUGGGGAAUGAUGCACCACUGUCCUGUCUUACUAUGCAUCCUCAGCUUGUGUUCGACUAUUUCAAACAAUUGUUUGCACAGGUAUGAAUCAACAGCAAUAACGAAUAGAGUAAUACAUGUCUUCGCUGUGUUAACUGUAAGUGCUCAACGUACCUUAGGUAAAUUUUCAUAUUGUGGUCGUCUCAUGUUCAGUAAAUUUGAUUUUAUAAAAAAAAAAAGGGAAACAUCUUUCUCAAUUUUGAAUAGGACCUUCGACUUGUCUGGAAGUUUAAGCUCACAGUAAUGAAAACAAGAUUUGGGUAAAUAGAGCUAAAUAGGGUACAGAGGUAAUUUGAGCUACCAACAAAGGAAGGAGCGGGUAGCAAGUGUUCUUGGAUGUUUCGCUUGUAGGGUAUUGUCAUUACUGUUGGGAGUCGAGUGUUUUUUUUUCGUAAGAUCAUCGAGAUCAAGCGUUUCUGUCACGGGCGGCCAUCUGAGAGGGCUGGCCCUGAGGUUAUCAUCCCCCACCCCCUAAGUAGAUUUAUUAGUCAUCCCAGGCUUGUCUCGGUACAUUUGAACCUAAGAUGGCUGCUCGUAAGGGUAGGUGCUCAAUCCCGACGAUCUUACCAAAAAACAGGGGACCAUAAACAGUCUAACUCUCUUAUAACAAAAUGUCUUUUCUUUCCGGCCAACAGGUUACAAACCCUCCAAUAGAUCCAAUCCGCGAGAAAAUUGUCAUGUCACUGGUAUGACAACAGCUUUGUUAUUUUCGUUGUUUUUCGUAUUUCAGUGUAUUUCUUUUCAUCGUAACGGGUUCAUUAACACUCCUGUUUGUUUUUGUCCUUCAAGGCAUGUCCUGUUGGGCCAGAACCGAAUCUUCUUGAGCCUGAUGUGGCCGAUAGUCAUCGUGUGUACUUAGACCAUCCAAUCCUGUCUUGCGCAGAUGUGGAGGCCGUUAAAGGGUGUGGUCUGUCAUGGUGCAAAGUAGGUUUAGUUUUAUGUUAACUAAACUUAGGAGUAAUAUCCUUCUCUAACAUAAUAAUAACAUUACAUAACAUAAUUAUAUUGUUAAAUCUUGGUCUUGUACACUGGUGGAGGGCCGAUUUCGAGCAAGUCCCCGAUACAGUCCUCCUCUCUGGCUGGUGUAAUUAUAAUUAAAUUCCGACCCUGCUCGCUAUAGAGCCCUGGUAGGUCAGUUAGUUAGAGCAUCCGAACUAAAACUUGGAGGGUCGUGAGUUCGAUUCUCACCUGCAGCUCGGAAUUUUUUUUCUGAACUUUCUGGUAUAAGAAUUCUCCUUCUUUCAAAUAAUAACCAUUGGAUAUUUCGAUUAGUUUCCUUCCAGACUUCAUUAAAGAACCUCAGUCUGCAUCACAUUGCAAUACAUAAAACUACCACUAGUAAGGGAUAGUUUUGGGAUAGCUUGUAUGACAUCCGCCUUUAAGGUGUAUUUGCGCUGUUGAAAUGCUUAUUUAAACCAGUAUUGAACCAUAAACAUAAAACUGAAAGAGAGAGCCGCUGAUAAAUAGCGACCAAAUAGCCUAGAGUAGACCUGCACCGUUCUAAACCUCUUAUUUCACUGGUCUCCUUUAAUCUGCACUUCCAUUGUUUUCAAGAAUAGAGGCAUUGUUAUGUGACAAUCCCUAUUGUUUUCCCCGCUAAUCAAAACCAAUUUUUUAAAAGAGGUGCGGGAUCGCCCACAAAAUAACAGUACAAUGCCAUUUGCCCGUGCAUUCUAACACCAUAUGCUGUUUUCAGUCUCAGACGAUUGACAUUGUAUAUCCAAUUGAAGAUGGAGUCAACGGGCUUGUUCCUGCACUUGACAGGGUUUGCAAAGAAGUAAGUGGAAUCAUCAAAUAUCUCUAGUUGUUCGUUGGUCAAUUUAGGGGCUGUUUACAUGGUGGCGGGGGACCCCAAAUAGGUGAGGUAACACGUGGCGGGUCACCCAACCCGGCUAUCAUGUAAACGUGGUCAAAUUAAAAUAAGAGAUGCACAUGCGCCGGGUUAUCCCACGUAAGCGGGUUACCACACCUACCUGGGGUCCCCCACCCCCAUGUAAACUGGCCGUUAAUGACCUGCAACACGCCAAGCUGUUGGCGAAAUCAUUGGUUAUAUUGGAUAUUUUAAUCUUAAAAGAUUUCUCUUUGUUCUUGUAGGCUUCGAAAGCUGUAGAGAAUGGAUGUGCAUUUAUAGUGUUAACUGACAGAAAGGCUGGACCAAAACACGUUCCUAUGAGGUAUUACAUUGUGGGUAACAUCAGCUUUGUUCCAACAUGUCAAUUGCUCACUAAAAUGAUAUAAAUCCUAUUGACUAACAGACAUCUGGCUCUUGGCUCUUGGCGGCGAAGACGCCUGGUCUAGUGCGGAGCGGGAAAGCCUCAGAAAAGCCGUUAGUUUGCUUGCCAAGCCAUCUACGCGGAUAGCGACGCAAUGACUUCUUAAAUGCUAAAAGCCAUGCCGGAAAUAAACCUUUGCUGUGUUAACAAUCGCGCGUGAUAAAUCCCGCCAGCUACGCAACAUUAACAACAGAACGAGCAGUGACGUAGACUGCAAAGAAGUCCGUAUUUUUGGGUAACCGACUGUUUUGCAGUCUACCAGUGACGAAGAAUAAAAGCUGGAAACUAUGAAUUUAUAAAAUAAUAAUUAUAAACCAGAUGGAGCGUUUAACGAAAAUUUUGCGUCAAAUAUUAAAUAGAGUUCUCAAACGACAGUGGCUAAUGAAGCUUGCACAGCAAUCAAAAUUCGGCACUGAUUUUUAAAAUAUUUUUUCACUUUUCCCAGCUCACUGCUGUCAUUAGGUGCCGUCCACCAUCACCUGAUUAGAAUGAAACAACGAUCGCAGGUUGGAAUAAUCAUUGAGUCAGCUGAAGUGAGGUACGAACUUAAACAUUGUCUGAAUAAUUAGCAAUUAUUGGACGUGGCUGAGGAGGGUGUUAUCCGCCGAAGUCGAGACCGUCCUCGAUCGCCAUAAUUCUUCAGAUGAUACAAAAGCCGAAUUCAAUAAUUAUCUUAUUAUUCAUUCAAAAUAAUUCCUAUAUUACAAAACAAGCUAAAACGUGCUUACUUGGAUGUUAAGUUCAUCUUCAAUUGCCUUUCUGUUUAUGGGCAAGUUUAAGAGAGAAAGGGAUGUUUAAAUAUUGUGCAAAUAUUCUCCAAACAUUCUCCAAACAUCAGAUGUCGUCCGUCGAGUUGUAUUCUUGCUGUUCUUGCUAUGUUUGUAGCCAAUUGUUCGCCUAUUUCUUCCACGCAAAACGAGUGAAAUGUUCCGUCAUUUUGUACUCACUACCAGAAAAACAACAUAGUGAGAUUGUAGAGUCAUUUUUCCAUAAAACUCUCAAAUUUUAAAACGAGCUGGUAUGAAAAUUAUCAUUUUAUCCGGAGUUUCCCUUUGAAUGAAUAAUAAUUACAGUUAUUGGAAAAUUUGUUUUCCAAAAAUUUACCUGAGAAUUUUCUGAAAAUUUGUUUUAUUUACCUGAGAAUUUUUUCAACACUAAUAGAAAAUUGAAGUUGUUCCUAUCAAUGGAGUCGUACUUAGCCUCACUUUGAAGCAGAAGCUUGAGGCAACUCUUAAAUGGCCAAUUGUCUUGGCCGAAGUUUGCGUUCGGCUACGGCAGAUCACGCAUCCGCAUUGACCCGGCCUUGUUAAUUUUUGCUAUCGUGCGAAAGUCAAAAUCAGUAAUUGCUUCACUAUGCGCACAGUUAAACGCGUUUAGAUCAAUCAAGAGCGCGUUUUAAUAGAUCGCGAAGGAUCUUUUUUUUCUUACACAUGACAAAGAUUAAACUUGAAAUAAAAAGGCAGAUCGAAAUACAUUCACAUUCCUAAUGCGACAGUUAAGUAUAAGUUGAGUGAGUUGGAAUGAUUGUGAUCAAGUCUGACAGAACGCUAAAUGACUUUAGUUAGUGAUGUGUUCAUACAAUAAUGGGUGUUUUAUUUGUACUACAAUUGUUUUCCAGAGAAAUUCAUCAUUUUUGUGUGUUGCUUGGUUAUGGAGCAGAUGCCAUUUGCCCAUAUUUGGUUUUUGAGACUGUUUCAAACCAGAGGCAACAGGGUAAGUGAUUGAUCACUUUCCACCUACUGUUCAUUGCUGAUUACAUUCUAUGUCAAUUGAUAUUGAAUAGCUUGCAAAUACAAUUUUAAAACUUUCUAAUUCGUCUUUUUAGGGUUGUUAGAUCCCCCUCUCUCAGAUGAAGAAAUAGUUGGGAACUACACUUUUGCUGUAAAGAAGGGCAUUGCCAAAGUCAUGGCCAAGAUGGGGAUAUCAACCCUUCACAGUUACAAGGCAAGUAUUUAUGUUAGGGAGGAAAAGAAAAUCAAGGGCGACGGCUACGGCAGCAAAAACAUGUCUUGCAAACUCCGUUGGCUUUCCUGUAAUCUCCAUUGCCAUUAUUUCAGCUCACUGAGUUUGUUCAAAACAGGCCAAUUGUGCUGGGUUUUUUUUUUGGAUGUGCUAGGAGACAACGGAUUGUAAAUGUAAAUUGCUUUUUUACCCACGAAGCACUUAGUAGUUCAUUUGAACUCGUUUAAACGUGUCCGUGCGUUCCAGAUCGAUUUGGCAUUUGGAAGUGUUGGUUUUUAAGGAGAGGGGAAAACCGGAGCCUGACCCGGAGAAAAACAAUUCACUUGACAAAAAAUUCAAAAAAUUCAAAAAAAAUUCACUUGACAACAAGAUCAUCAACUCUCAAUCCCUCUCCCCUUUUAAGAAAAAACUGAAGAUUAAAUUAUUGAGUAAGUAUGAAAACAGUUUAUAAAUCUUUCCAUCUUCGACUUUUCGCCUUCUUCUCUUCAAUUGAUGUGAAACAGCUCUAGCUCAUAGUUCGAGGAGGCCUAACCUCUCAUAAGCUCCUAUAGUUUCUGUUAGGUCUCCUCGCCACUUCUUUUUUUUUUCUUCUUCUUCUUUUCCUAUAUUUUUUGUAAUUAGUGUGGCAAAUAAAAUAAAAUAAAAUAAAAUAAAAAUAAAAUAAAACCUCUCGGAGAAAGGGAGAGAACCAUCAACAAAUUCAACCCGCAUAUGGCGUCAACGCCAAGAGUUGAACCCAGGCCACAUUGGUGGGACGCGAGUGCUUUCACCACUACGCCACCCUUGCUCCCUUGAAAUAUUGAGCAGCUGUUAUUAACUUUAUAUAGAUGAUUUAUCUAUGAUUUUAUCAUUAUUCUCAUAAACAGGGAGCUCAGAUAUUUGAGGCUGUUGGACUGGCAGAAGAGGUGAGUACAUAUGUAAAAAAAAGUUUGUAUUUCAUCACCGGCUAACCUCACUUCUAAUCGAGAACACUAACGCCACUAUUUUUCCACUUAAGGUUAUUGAGAAGUGCUUUGUUGGAACCGCCUCUCGUCUGAGCGGAGUGACAUUUGAGAUCCUCGCAGAAGAGGUAUUUAAUUACUGUAUGCAGAGCUAAAGUACCCGUCUACUAUCGUUGUGGAAGGUAGGGGGGGCAUGGGGGUUCAAACCCUGCGCUUCCCGUACCUUGCAUUCCCGGCUUCCGCCCCUUUUUUCUUGUCUUCCUCACUUUAACCCUUCUGUCGAUUGCGAAAUAUUGAGCUUUGUCGCGUAACCCCCCUCCCCCCUGCCCCUAUUUCUACCGCUUCACACCCUUUUAGAACCGUCACCUUCCGUUCUUUCCUCUUCCGCCUACCCUUCCCGCCCCCCAUCUUCCCGGGAUCCAACGCGCUGUCCUCCCCAGCUUAGCAGCGUUUAUACUGAACCUUUUUUCCCCCGUGAUAAGGCAUUUUACCUCAGGAAUAAAAAGAAAUGUUUUAUCUGCAGUUUACACUGGCUUGCCUUAGCUAUAGGCCAGGCCUGCCAUUGAAAACAGCUACACAGAUUUCCCGCUCAUGUAUUAUCUGGUGCUAUCUAGUCCGCUUUUGGCCGAGUGUUUUUUUUAAAUUGGGAUUCAAUCAUGGAAUCAUCAGUUAAUUUAAAGAAGUCAACCGUGACAGCUAUCAAGAUGGUUGUCUCAUAUCCUUGAGCUCGAUAAAACCGCUAAUGACCUUCUGUAAAAUUUCCCGCGUAAAAGACGCACUAAACGCGGCAGUUACCACGGUAAACAAACUUGAAUUUGACUGUAAGUAGCACACCAUGAUCAGUGUACCCGCGAGUGAGGGUAACCAUGACUGUUCUCUUAACUUCUUCUUUUAGGCCCUGAAAAAACAUGGUAUCGCAUUUUCAACGCGUGACUGUGACAAUGUUCUGGUGAACAACAAGGUAUGUAUAUUCAUUGUAUUAAAACAGCUCAUUUUGUAUGAGCUAAUGCAGCAGUUCAACUUUGGAUUUUGCAUUGUUUGUUGUGACAUUUCAAGUUCGCAGCACCAAAGAAAUAACUAACUCUAGUCAGAAACAAGUAAAAAAAUAAAGCGGAUAAAAUUGGUCGACACAGACCCUCUAUUUUCUCUUCAAAGUCCGUCGAGCGCGGGUGAUAAAAUAUAAACCGCAGGGGAUUUAUUGACCGCCAGCUGAGCGCAAGGGGGUAGUGGUGGGGGCAGAAGAAACUUAAUAAACCUCAUUUCUUCCAAAGAUGUCUUUAGACGUUCUUUGUUUUUCUUUCUCGCGCGCUCGCUUCGCUCGCAGGCUCGUAGAUGUCUUUGGAAAGAACGAAAAGAAAAAUAAAACAACGUCUGUGUACAGGCUAGUCGACACUUUUCAUGAUCAAAACCUGAAGUUCCCAACCAGUGUUGUAACGUAUCCCUGAUCCCUGAAAAGUCCGGACGGGCGUAGUAAUAAGAUAUUUUACAAGAGGUAAUUACUUUUUGAUGCAAAUUAAAAUGAUCCAGUUCAGUAUCGAGUAACAAUGUUUUAUUUAGGGUGAAUAUCACUGGAGAGAAGGUGGAGAGAAACAUAUCAACGAUCCAAGAUGCAUUGCAAACUUGCAGGUCAGUUUAUGGAAUGAUUUAUUAUAUGAGUGACUGUUGAGGCGAAUGCUAACUCAGUGUUCUAAUUGGCUACCUGAACGGGUGAGAGGGGCCCAUCUUAGCCGCUCGGAAUUUCCCGCGUUUUGUUCCGCCUGGCCAGAAAAGUUCCCUUUUUAGCCAUACCGCCAAUCUGUUAUUUACCAAGCUUGUUCGGGUACUGACUGAGUUGCCUAUCCCCUUUGUUCAACUUAUAACAGCCAAGCCACGAUGUAAACCUUUCCGCCAUACAUUCUGUCCUUUUGUUCAUCUAUGUAACACAGUGCAUUUACAGCAGUUCAACAAAAGGGAUUCAAAGUCCUAAACUUGGUGUGUAAAGGGGUUUUCUUUUGUCAAUAGAAGGUAGACGAAAGGGGUUUCUUGACUGUCAAAAAUUGUAUAUAAAAGGGUAAGGGUAAGACCCCGGGGCAAAGUAGUCUUUUUGGCUGAGUAGUCUUUUUAGUUGAUAUGGCAGCCAUUUUGCUGUUUCUUCACUAAUGUGUAAGUUUUAAAUUACAAUUUCUUUCCCAUGGCAGGAUGCAGUUCGAAUGAAGAGCCAACCUGCUUACCAGAAGUACAGCGAAACCUCCAUUGAAGUGGUAAGUACUGCUUCAACCUUUAGUGUUGUAGGCUCGAGUACCAGUCGCUGUUCGGGAAAUUAGCCCGCGCUUCAUCCCGAAAGUCUCUUCUCGCGGAGGACUGAAAAAGCGAUGAAAAUCUAGACUAUCUGUGACGGAAUGAGAGAACUUUUCAUUUGCAAAUAUAUUUAUUGAUGGAGACGUUUCUGAAUUAUCCGUGACAGAUGAUGAUUAUUUGGCCGAUAGUUUAAUAAUGAUGCAAAUAAACUUUUUUAGGUUCGAUCCUGUACCCUACGAGGUCAGCUUCAAAUUAAAUUUGCAAAGAAGCCCUUAGAUAUUUCAGAAGUUGAACCGGCAGCAGAAAUUGUUAAGAGGUUUGCCACAGGUAUGCCUUUCUGUUUAAAAUACACUUAAAAAUAGAAUACUAUUUUAUUCUUGUUUUGUAAUAACGAUGACAAAAACGUUCAUUUUAUAAAAUACACUGAUAGCAGGGCGGUGCUCUAAUUAAGCUCUUAACAAUCAGGAAGAUUCGCCCAGGCAAGGGUAAGUUUUUAUGGGCCACUUUCAGCUGCUCCUAAAAAGCCCAGAGAACAAUAUUGUGGUUGUCUACCACUAGAGCUAUGUCUGACAGGAUUCCACUAGGCCAGAGAAUCAUUGUGAUACGAAAUGAGCUGUGAUUGUGUCCUCCAUAAAAUAGGGACUAAGUAUUUGAAUGUUAUACACGGAGAGAGAAAGUACAGUUCCAGAAAAUAUUAUUUUCUUCCCCCGUGAGGUUAGUGGGAACUCAAAGGGACGAUGAUUUGUAGUCGCAAAAGCCAAAUCUUUCGAAUGAAAGUAAUCAAAGAAAAAAACUAAAAUGGGGUUCCAGAUGGUCUGGUCAAGAUGGGGAGACACAAGCGCGUAAACCCCUUUUCAGGGAGAGAAGCCCUAAGAGUGAUCAGCAUCAAGUUUCUCUUUGACAUACCAAUGCUUUGUAAAACAGAGUGGUCAUGAGAAUUACGGACAUGAUCACACAAGAUGAAUUUUCUUGAUAUUUUAUCAACUUCUCCCCACUACUUCUGUAGGAAAUGAAUACGGGCAACAAAUGAGAAUUCAAAUUUUGAUAGUAAUUUACGUAUGUUAAUCUUAUUAGGUGCCAUGAGUUUUGGAUCCAUUUCAUACGAAACCCAUACGACACUUGCCAAAGCCAUGAACAAGUGAGUAGGUGUACUGCCGUUUCAUUUUUAACCUGAAAGUCAAUCUCGUUUAAGAGGACUGGUGAGUUCAAGGAACUGAAAAUUGUGUACAGUGUUUUUGUUGCUGAAGAGUGAACCGGCAAGAAGGAAAUUUAAGCAACCACUUCAGAGACGGUAACGAAGAUGUGAAAUUCCUUGUUAAGGGUUGUUCCAGAUUGCCUAAGUUGUCAAAGUAGGUGUAAUCUCUGUGUACAUGAAUUGUUAAGGGGUGUUUCCAAGUUCAAAAAAAAAAGAAAGAAAGAAAAAAAAACGUGGUAAGGUCUUGUGUUGACGUUUUCUAUCCACGUUACAAUAGAAAAUUUUACAUUGUAAUCGAGCGGGGGGAUGGCCAAAACAUUUCCCAAAGACGUAUUUAGGUAAAUAAACUUAUUAGCCAAAUCCAUCAUGGCUGCUUACGCCUGGUUUCCAUAUGAUCGCUGCGAUUGCUGUGAAAAAAAGUUCAGCUAUCGCAGCAAUCACAGCGAUCAUAUGGAAACCAUAUAAUCGCUGUGAUCGCUGAGGUCCCUGAACUUUUUUUCUCUCAGCGAUGACAGCGAUCGUAGCGAUCAUAUGGAAACCAGGCUUUAGGGCGCUACCAUUUAUUAGAACUCAGUGACCGCCCAGACCAGUCCAGCCGGCAAAAGAAUUUCAUGAUUAAUCAGAACUGUUAAUUUAAUAGCAAUGUACGCAUUUAGCGGAAACUCUCGAAUUUUUUUAUUAUAAUUAUUUUCAAAAUAUGGCGUUUUGGCCGCACGGUUUGACCUACGGCGGAUAACGGUCGGGCAAUGAAGCAGCCAGUCCGUUCUUCAAGCGAUGCGUCAUGUGAAGUAGGACUGGCUCGAACGUUCUUUCUGUACUUCAAAUGUGUUUGGAGGCCCGCUAAGUUUUACCUAGCGUUUACUUUGACUGUGGGCCCUUAACUCCCCAAGUGAAAUCAGAAAUGUUAACAUUUUAACGGGUACCUUUUUUAGAAUGGGCGGCAAAAGCAACACAGGUGAAGGUGGCGAGGAUCCUAUAAGAGGAAGUGACCCAGAAAACAGGUCAGCUAUCAGACAAGUGGCUUCUGGAAGGUUCGGUGUGAAUGCAUGGUACUUAGCAAUGGCUGAAGACUUGCAGAUCAAAAUGGCGCAGGUAAAUAAGGGCUUGAGAAGCCGCGAUUUCAAAAUUAAUGUCACACGAAAUUUAGGACGUGUCCUUUUGACAAAUGCGGCUACCAUGAUGUAACUAAGCAAGGCAAAUUUCUCACAUGAUUUCCUAGGGAGCCAAGCCUGGGGAAGGCGGAGAGUUACCCGGAUACAAGGUAAAUAUGUAAUGACUUCCUGCUCACUUAUCCUUAAACAGCGGCUACAGAUUCUUGGACUGUAUUGUAGUCAUACUCAUCGCGCUUUUUGUUUUGUUUUUGGGUGACACAAUUCCCUUACAUUUAUAUUAUUUUAUUUUCUGUUAUGUGGUAUCUGAUAACUAGGUUGGCAGGUGUGAUAGUUCUUUUUUUAAGUCUUGUUCCUCGGGUUUAUCGUAAUCGGUUUUGGGCUUAGAUAUGCACAGAGAUUUUGAGAGGUUGGUCUGUUCCCCCACUCUCGUAGUGUAACGUAUAUGCUUUGCGGCAUUUGUGUUUAACAUCAAGACACCAAACAGCAACCAACCGAAGACUUAAGUUCAUCUUUGUGUAGGACCAUUUACAGCUUGUCUUGUGUCUGUGUGUUGUCAAUAAUGAACAUAGGAAAUGACUUAAAGGAGUCCUUUUGUAAUUUCCUGGAUAUAUUUUUAAGGAUACUAGCGGUGGUCGGUAGAUCAAUCUCGAUAACAAACGGAACAAUUUUAUGGAUUGCUUUUUUUGAGGUCUCUGAAAAGUUUUAAUGUUCUAGUGUUUUUUGUGUUCGGCUAAUUGCUGUUGUAUAUACUAUUCUUCUUAACAGGUUUCCAAACAAAUUGCGAAGACUCGCAAGUCUGUUCCUGGUGUGGGUCUAAUUAGUCCGCCUCCUCAUCACGAUAUCUAUUCCAUUGAAGACUUGGCUGAGGUACUUUAGAUUUGAAUUCUAGUUCUGUUUUUAUUUAAGUUGAAACACAGCGUUGUGUAUUUCGAGCAGAGAAGCGUGUUCCUUAAUUUUCUGCUUGUGUUACAACCAUAUUUGUCCUUGAAGGCAGGAAAAGUUUGCAGAGAGUUAAAGUCGGUUUAUAGGCGUGAUUUCCCCGCUUUUGUCAUUCUCGGGCUUAUUCCCCCAACGGCGGCUGCUUAUCGAGACUAUGAGUUAAUGAUGGGCUAAAAAAGCUGAGCGAAAGACCUAAAGACAUGUCUCCCCCUCCCCCGCGUGCCGAACAUUUUUAAGCAAUCCGUCAUAAUCCGAGCGAAAUCCAGUGUUGACGCGUCCCAGAAAUUGUUGCUGAAGUGCAAAGCGGCCUUUGGUGUUCCCAGAUAGUUUAUACUCAGUUUUUAUUCUCAUUAUUUUAGCUCAUUUACAACCUGAAAUGUUCAAACCCUGAAGCCCGUAUUAGUGUGAAGCUGGUGUCUGAGGUGGGAGUAGGGGUGAUCGCUGCUGGAGUUGCAAAGGUAGGCCAUGUGAAUAUUAUAUUCGUACUUGUAGUAAUAACCAAAGGUUAGGGAGUGCCUGCACGUGUGCCGGCUUCUGAUUGAAGGUCAAAACGCUCCUGCGCCAAUUCUGGUGCUUUGCGUACGUUUCACGGGAAGGUUAUGACGUGAAAGUCUAAACGGCAGGGCUGCCUUUAAGAGGCGGGGGCCGGGGAUUUCCCCCGGCUACUAUGAGUGUGGCCCUCGGCUACUUUCAAAGGGAAAUAGAAGAAAAAUAGAACCAAAAGAAAUCCGUUGCCGUUUGAUUCCCCACCUACUUGUUGUAUGUACCCGGCAACUUGAAAUCUUAGUGACAAACCUGAUUUAACGAAUGCUGACUACAUACGUGUCAAGCAUGUGUAAUAGCAGCCUGAAGAUUAGGAUCAGUUUGGAUUCCAGAUGGGUGGUUUAGCCGGUUUCAUUGCGGUUGAGCUUGUUUGUUAAAAUAGUCGUAUUUGUUUGAACUGCAUGGCGGUAAGCAUUUAAAAUUUCUUGAUAACAUAUUUAAUUUACCAUUUUCCCAGCCACAUAGCUUCAGUAGCUACAGUAUAACGGAAGAGCCUCUAAAACUGUAGUGCUGAGAUGGAAAAACAAACAUCAAUAAAUUCUAAAUCACCCGAAUACUACUAGAAUAAAUGGAAACCUCUAAUUGACAAGACCAAUUCAAAUACUGUAGUAAUAUUAUACUAAAAAGUAGACUUAUUUUUUAUUGUAGUUGUAUUUUUUGUAGCAGGACUGUAAUUUAUUGUAAUAAUAUGUAAUUUUAAAGUUAUUUAAUGUAAAUUCUGUUGUUCAGGUAUUGUUAGAGACUAAAAUUAAAUUAAAUUAAAAUAUAUCUCUCUUAUUUACUCUUCUUUCACAAAGGGUCACUCUGAGCACAUCACAAUUUCUGGUCACGACGGUGGAACAGGAGCAAGCACAUGGUCAGGAAUUAAACAUGCUGGAUUACCAUGGGAACUUGGGAUUGCAGAGACCCAUCAAACUCUUGUACUAAACAAUCUUCGCCGAAGAAUUGUCCUGCAAGUUGAUGGACAAAUACGCACAGGACGUGAUGUUGUGAUCGGAGCUCUCUUGGGUGCCGACGAGUUUGGAUUCUCUACUGCUCCUCUUAUUGCCUUGGGAUGUACUAUGAUGAGAAAAUGUCACCUGAAUACAUGUCCUGUUGGAAUAGCCACACAGGUAAUAGACGCCUUUUGAUUCAUAAGACGAGUACGACUUCGAGAACGAGAUUUUCUAAAUACUGAGUGGUACGCGUGUGAACCAGCUGCAGCGUCAUUUUGGCGGGAAAACGCGAUAGCCAUCGUCAAAGGUUGCCGUCGCCAUUCCACUACGGAUUUUAGAGAUGGGAACAAGUUAUCAAGUUUUAGAAGUGUUACCAUUUUGCAAUCCGGAGAGGGCUUAACCUCCUUCAAUAAAAACAAAACCAGUGUCACUUUUGUGGUGAAACAGUAAAAUGAAACUUUCCAGGGUUUCUAUUUUUUGGGAAUACGCCAGAAAAAACUUAAAGUUAAAUCUCGUCCUCGAAUCUUUAGUAGGCAAAUUUUAACUGCUGUUCUUUAACGAGUCUGACAUUUGGUGAUAAGAUUGGAUAGCUUAGGCAAAGUCUUUUCUGAUAGACAUGUAAUAUUCGCCUUGUUAUAGGCGUUGGGUAAGUAAGGAAAUCCCGUACGCAUAAUGCAAAAUUUAUUAUUAAAUUAUUGUGUUGUACUUCCUUCGCAGGAUCCAGUGCUCAGAAAGAAGUUUGCUGGUAAACCAGAGCAUGUCAUCAACUUCUUUUUCAUGUUAGCAGAAGAGGUAAGAGCCUUAGAACAUAUCUUCCUUCAUUAACUUGUAGCCAUUCCUACAAAACGUUUGUUACAACUUUUUGGGACGACCUACAGUUAGUGCGUUAAAGGAACUUUCCUUGGUUUUUUAUGGUCAGUGAUGUGUGAGUCAGAAAGAUUUUUCACUUAUGGAAGGAACAUAGACACAUUUAUGUUUUUAUAAAAUUCUCUGAGUUUUAAGAUGGCUCCAGUAUUAAUACAGGCCCAUUGAACUAGGACGAACUCUUUGUCAUAACUUUUUUAGUUUUGAUUAUUUCAGUAAAAAAUAUCAACAUGAUAUUAAUUAGAGGAGGACUCGGAAAAAAAAUCCGAGUUCCAGAUGGGAUUUGAACCCACGACCCUCCGUGAUCUAGUCGGAUGCUCUAACCACUUGAGCUACUGGAGGCUCUAUGGUGAGCAAGGGCCAAUUUGUGGGUCUCGACUGGAACCGCAUCACGCGGCCACACAGCCAAGUAAUGACUGGCACACAAGAACUCACUAACAGCAUCGCGCUGUCACCUUGAAGCAUAUCCAAGAUGCGGCCAACCAACCUCCAAAGUGAGUAUAUUAAAGAUGAAACAACAACAACAUGAUAUUAAUUUGAGGAGUACUCGGAAAAAAAAUCCGAGUCCCAGAUGGGAUUUGAACCCACGACCCUCCGUGAUCUAGUCGGAUGCUCUAACCACUUGAGCUACUGGAGACUCUAUGGUGAGCAAGGGCCAAUUUGUGGGUCUCGACUGGAACCGCAUCACGCGGCUACACAGCCAAGUAAUGACUGGCACACAAGAACUCACUGACAGCAUCGCGCUGUCACCUUAAAGCAUAUCCAAGAUGCGGCCAACCAACCUCCAAAUUGAGUAUAUUAAAGAUGAAACAACAACAACAUGAUAUUUUUUUUUUCCGAGUCCUCCUCAAAUUUUUUUUUCCGAGUCCUCCUCAAAUUAAUAUCAAAUAUAUGCUUUAAGGUGACAGCGCGAUGCUGUUAGUGAGUUCUUGUGUGCCAGUCAUUACUUGGCUGUGUAGCCGCGUGAUGCGGUUCCAGUCGAGACCCACAAAUUGGCCCUUGCUCACCAGAGUCUCCAGUAGCUCAAGUGGUUAGAGCAUCCGACUAGAUCACGGAGGGUCGUGGGUUCAAAUCCCAUCUGGGACUCGGAUUUUUUUUCCGAGUCCUCCUCAAAUUAAUAUCAUGUUGUUGUUGUUUCAUCUUUAAUAUAAAAAAUAUCAACAAACAAAAUUACGAAACGUAGUUUCCAAUUAAGGGCUAUUUUCAUAAAAUAUACUUCUCACCAGUAAAAUCUGGCCGAAUGAUGGCUGUAGUUCAUCUCAAAGUUUCGUAGCCAUUGCUGAAGACGUUUGUCAUAAUCCAGUGAGACUGAAUUAAUAUCGGAGCCACCCUAGGUUAUUUAAGUACUCUGCCACAAUGCUAGUACUAAUCACAAGGAGGUGUUGUGCAUACACCUCACCAGCUGUUUGUUGACCGUGUUCUUUUCUUCGUAUUUCUAAGGAGUUCUAUAGUUUGAUUUUUAUUUUAUUCUUCUUCAUUUUUUAGGUUCGUGAGUUCAUGGCUAAAAUGGGUUUCCGCAAAAUGAAUGAAAUGAUUGGAAGAUGCGACUUACUGGAACCUGCGAACCCCCUAAAUGAUAAAGUGAAGGUCAGUCAAGUCAAUUCGCCAUUUGUACAUCUCCCACAAUACACCUUGUUUUCCCCUCCGCCCCCCCCCCCCCCCCACCAAAAAAAAAAACUUUGCAUAACCUUUGUUUUUGAUUUCUCCUGGCCAAUGACCGGUUAAACAACGUUCCGAGUGCACAUUCAAUCAUCUAAUAAGUGUAUGAGGGCAAAUUAACUUGCCGCCUGCCGUGGUUCAAAGUGUAAAAAUUUAAUCCAAGUGCUCGUCGUAUUCUUCUACAUUUAGAGAAGAGUUGAUAAAACUUUUCUUAAUAAAAAUGAGUCUGUUUUCUUCCUUUUAUCAGUUGCUGGACUUCAGUCCCAUCUUGAUGACGGGUAAUGAACUGAACCCUGGUGAUCAUCUGGGAGGAAGUGAACCGCAGAAUCACAAACUGGAGUUAAGAAAGGUGAGUUAUGAGUAUCAAAUACAAAGAUGUCGCAAAACGCUUAUCUGCGUUAUUUAAAGGGACAGGCUCACAGUUCAGUGCAUGCUCAUUAAUUAAAUUACUUUUUUCUAAUUUAUUAUCAAUUCUAUCGGUUAACAAUCCCACUCACAGGUAUCUCAGCGAUCUCAGAGUGUAUUUCAGAGUGGAAUUGUAUUUCAGAGUAACCUGAAGUGGGAUGGAGGAGUACUAAAAUCGCAGAAAAAUUAGUGGAUUAUGCCAACAUUACCCACUUUGAAUUUAUUGUUGACCCGAAGGUUUUCUUCCAUGAUUGAUGAAUUUACAGCUAUUUGCGCAUAAUUUGAUCAAAUGACUGCCAGGGAAUGUGCAGAUUGGUUCUUUGACAACAUUAUGACAUGUUCAUAUUGCUUGCAUAGAUGAUACAGCAUGUCCCGGCAGAAAAAAACAGCGCAUGCGCUAUACCGUGAAACCGUUUUUUUUUUUAACCGGUGUCAAGUUUCUUAAAUCCAGUAAUAGUGUUACGGCUAUAGAGCGGUUUCACUCACAUGGUCAGUAUCUAUACUAAUUUAUUGGAACAAAAGAAAGUUUUUACAUAAGGAAAGAGUUCAACUCCCACAGGACUGGUUUGGAACACCAACAUGGCCGCCGUUUCAUUGUUUUGGAACAUCAAUAUGGCCGUUGUGACGUUAUGUGAAAACGCUCUAUAGAGUCAGUUUUUCACGUAUUGUGUUUAAUAUUGAUAGGACAACCAACUCAUCGAAGCUGCAAAAGGGAUCCUCAGUGGCAGUAUAAAGAACUUGUAUUUGGAGAUGCCUGUUUUGAACGUUGACCGAGCAUUUGGUACCACUCUAAGUUACCACAUUGCAAGGUAAAUGAACACAAAGUUUCUUCUGUCACCUCAUCAUCAUAAGCGUUAUUUUUGGAGCUUUCGGUUCGUUGGUCGUGAAAUGAUAGGAAAUUAUGUGCGGUGAAGAUUCAUCCAUUCAGGUUGAUUGAUGUAUUAGGUGAUUGAAACCCCCAGAUGACUGCAGUUAAGCCUUAACAUGAAUGACAAAUAAAUGUUAGGAAUGUUAUAAUAUACCUUUCCAAUGAUCUUAUCAUUAGGACAUUUGGCGAGAAAGGUCUUCCCGAUGGAACCAUUCACAUCAAAGCUAAAGGAUCUGCAGGCAAGUGCUUAGCUCGCGCAACUAUACUGACCACUCCAGAAAAUACCAUAACAUACCAUAAUGCUCUUUGUUUGUCACCCCAAAAUUUUGCAUAAGCAUUGUUUUCAGUUUCUCUUGGAGCCAUUUUAACUUGCAAAAUGUUAGGGUGACAAACAAAGAGCAUUAUGGUAUGUUAUGGUAUUUUCUGGAGUGGUCAAUUGGGCAUUUGGUCUCGAAAGACUUGUCUCCUUCUUCGUCUAUGAUAUCGUUUUUCCAAUGUGCCAAGUCUUCGAAGCCAAUGACAUCAUGGCCUAAGUAAACCACGAUCAAUAACAUCGCGACUUAAUUGACCAGGCAGUCAAUAACUAGAGUUUAAUGCUAUGAACUCACUUUGACUCUAAGGUGACUAUCGCACAGGUUGUUGAAACGUUAGUCACUGUGAACAAAUGUGCUAUUCAGGACUUCGCCGACCCGAAUGAUCAUACUGUAAAUGACCUAAUAAACGCCCACUCCCAUUAAACGCCUCUUAUCGAAUAAACGCUCCUUCUACGCUGUUAAAAUUGUAUUAGACGCCCCUCUCCUAUAAACCCCCCUUGUCUGACAGACACCCCCAAUGAGAAUUACUCCAAAAUACUAGGAAUUAGCAAAAAAUAAAUAAAUAAAUAAAUAAAUAAAUAAGAGCAAAAUCGUUCAAUUCACUCAGUUUCUUGCUUGAUUAACAAGGCUUUGCGUAUUUCAUUCUGUUCAAUGUCGAGUUCAAAGUAAGGAUAGACUAACGAUGGCAACACAAUAACCCUCAGCGAAUAUUCUAACAUCGAUGUUGGGAUUUGAAAGAGCGAUAUGGAUCUCUAGACGGCGAAGACGUAUCAAUUGGUGGAGAGGAUAUUCCGCUGUUUUUAAACCCUCUUGAUAUUUUUGCUGAAAGCAUAUUAAUUUUAUUGAGCUUGUUACAGUUAUGAGAAUAAACGCCUCUCUCUUUUAAACGCCCCCUAUGCCGCCGCUUGGACCCCUAAAGUUAAGUAGACGCACCGGGCGUUUAUUAGGUCAUUUACAGUAUUCAACCUACGUACAUUUUAAGUAUUGUUACGUAUUCUUCCCAUGACAGGUCAGAGCUUUGGUGCAUUCCUUUCUCCCGGUAUCACUCUUGAAUUGGAAGGUGACUCAAAUGACUACGUAGGCAAGGUAUUAUCCAAUUAUCCAGAACACAACUUAAUUAUGUCAGCUGUGGGUCAGUCUGCUUAGCACGACACUUAAACCUUCUGGAGUGAUCGUGGUUGAGUGGUUAGAGCGCUAGACUCGGGAACCCAGGCCCCGAGUUCAAGUCUCGCCCUGACCGCUAGCUGGAUUUGUUCUCGGUAGUCCCCAGUUCAAAUCCUCGCCACGCUUGUAAAUAGCCAACUAGUUCCCCUCCUACCAGUUGGGAAUGUUCAAACCGUUCUCCACUUGCAGGGUUCUAUCUAGGGUAUUUGAGGGGUACAGGUUUCGCCCCCAAAAUGCCAAGCUUACCCCAAAAGAAUAUUGUUAUCAUUACGGUUUACAGGUAACUUUUUUGGAAAAAUCAUCCAGACGCGACGGGUUCAUUGCACACACUAUAACAUUUCUCAAAAUUGUGUAUCAAAAUGCACCAGAUUGCAUCCCAGCGCAUAUUCAUUUCAAAACAUUUCUGGGGGGCGGGCAUGCUCCCGGACCCCCCUAGGAAGCGCGUGGCCUUCGGCCUCUCGGGACUUCUCCCCCAAACGAUAAAUCCUAAAUAGAACUCUGACUUGGUUAUAAUGACGGGAUAUAAUACACUGUUCUUGUAAAGUAGAUUUGCAUAAUCGUUAUCCCUUGUCCAUCUCCUGUUUAGUUAGCUUAAGGAAACAGCCGACAUUUCGAGGCGCCACCACUAGUUGUCCCGCGAAUUGCCGACCAAGAAACAAGCGCAGAAAUUUAAUUCUGAUGACGUGUCUCUACCCAAUUUUGGGUACUGCUUCUGGUUAGCUGAAGAAAGUUUUCCUCGCCGCACCUCCAAUCAGAAGCACUAUCCCGAUGUGGGUAGUAACACGUCAACAGUAUAGAAUUUCUGCGCUCGUUUCUCAGACAUCAUUUCGCGGGGAAACCAGUGGAAAGCACGCUAAACGGCUGUUGACAUGAGAUUACUUCCUCCCUUUGAAUUUUUCUGACAGAAAACUUUAUAAAGCAAUAUGUCAAAAUUCAAAUUGGACAGCUAUGACCCAAGUGUGUUAAGGAUGUGUUUUUCCGGGAACUGCAUUGUUUUAGAACAGUAAUAGGAGAAAGACAUUGUGUAAUUCUAACGAGGAAAUGUGUUUUGUAUAAAUGACUCACCUUUCAGGGCUUAGCUGGAGGCAAGAUUAUUGUUUAUCCAAGUAGCAACCACCCAAGUGAUUUUAAAGCAGAAGAGAACAUCAUUGUUGGAAAUGUUUGUUUCUACGGUGCUACUGCAGGCAAGGUAAAAAAGACUACAUUGAAAAGUGUUUGAAUUUCAGUUAUUCAAGUUGCUGAGGUGAAUUUUUGAGUCUAAACUGUGCCCUCGUAAUGAUGUAAAUUUUUCUUGGUGUACAGGCCUUCGUAAGAGGCAUAGCCGCUGAGCGAUUUUGUGUUCGAAAUUCUGGAGUGACAGCAGUGUGCGAGGUAAGGCAUGUUUUAGCAUUAAAAUUGUCUUAAUUUGUUGGCCAUUUAUACCAUGGCAUUGCGAGCUCGUGGUAGAGUGAAACCAAUACUUAGGGUCUCAAACAAGGUUGCUUUGAACGGCUUGAAGGAUGGGCACGUACAAAUGAUGGCCUCUCUUCCAGUAAGACAGCCAUUGUGUAAAAUUACUUGCAAUUAUGAGCUGCGAUAAUAAAGGCAUUUUGAGUCACGUUUUCGGCAAACAGCGAACGUUAAUAUGAACAGCGUGACCAUGUUGUGUAAUACUUAUUUGUCGUUUACUCUUCAUUUUAUAUAAACGUCAAAUAGUAAAUUCCUGUCAGGAUCAUUCACAAGAAUUAUUUUGGACAGUUUUUAUCUGCUUGUUUCCUAAUUUGAGAAAUUUUCAACCUGAAUCUGAUGUUUGUCAUUAGCCUUAUGUGCGAGUCUAAAUUGUGGUAUUCACUUCGUCCGGACGUCCUCUGUACAUUGCAACGUGCGUGUGACUGAAUUGUGUGUUUAUUUGUAGGGUGUUGGUGACCAUGGCUGUGAAUACAUGACUGGGGGUCUUUGUGUUGUGCUUGGUUCGACUGGUCGUAAUUUUGCUGCUGGGAUGUCAGGAGGGGUGGCUUAUGUCCUUGACAGGUAAGGAAAUUAUUCUAAAAGAUUGCUAGUAGAAUAAUGAAAUCUAAUUAAGAGUAGAAAACAAAUAAAACGAGACUGUAAAUGGUUAUCAUUGUUAUAAAACCAAGCUUUGGUUGAUUACAUUGAGAGAACUGACUUACUUUUGCCCUGUUAAAGGGUCAUAGUCGUGUAGUCUUAAUAUUAAGAUUUUAAACACAUUGGUAGGUAAGAAAGGAAAAUGAUAAAAUCUGCCAACAUAUUGAUAUUUCACCAUUCAAUCUUACUGACUUUAAUUCGUUUCGAACCAGUUCGUGUUUUAGCGUGCGUUUAGGGAGUUGUACAAUUUUACCACGUUUGACAAAUGCUAUGUCGUUUGAUUAACAGGAAAAAGAACUUUUCAUCGCUUUGUAAUCAGGAGAUCGUUGACCUUGAGCCUGUUACUGGAUCAGAUGCGGACCUGGUCAGGGGACUGGUACAGGAACAUCAACAGUUGACUGGUUCACCAGUUGCCGAGCGUUUGUUGGAGGACUGGAACUACUCUGUCAAGUUGUUUGUUAAGGUGCGAAUUUUUUUUUUUUUUUCGCGUAUUCUCAAGAUCAGGACACCCCGGAAAGCUUCAUUUUAAUAUUCUUCACUAGAAAAGUUUAAAACACCGUUAUGUCUAUAAUCUGUUCAUGUUGUCCUUCAGCAUAAUUAAAAAGAUAAAACUGUUCUAGUGAGGCCUUUAACUGCUGUUUAAAAGUAAAAUCUGAAAUCCAAGCUUUCGCCGAUCAACGGCAUCAUCAGGGAUGAUGUUACUUCUUUUAAAGGAGGUUAACCCUUUUCCGAUUGCAAAGUGAUAAGACUUCAAACAUUUGAUAACUUGUGUCCGCCACCAAGACAUUCUCGCUACAACCGGUAGUAGAUUAACGACGGCUAUCGCGUUUUCCCGCCAAAAUGACGUGUAUUACUUAGUAUUGAGACAAUCUCUCGUUCUCGUAGCCGGCUGAGAAAAAAGUUGACAUUUCGCGACAACACUACAGUACUAGUUUCCCCGCGAAAUGACGUCUGAAAAAUGAGCGCAGAAAUUCCAUUCUGAAGUAGCGUCACUAUCCAGAUCUGGGUAGUGCUUCGGAUUGGUUGAAAAUGUAACGUGUAAUCAGUUUGGAAUUUUUGCUGUCGUUCCUCAGACGUCAUUUCGCCGGGAAACUAGUGACGGCGCCGCGAAAUGUCAAUUGUUGAAUUUUUUCUCAGGCUAAUUCUUCGUAGUCGUCCUUGUCUUGUAACUAGUGUUCUGUAUGUUACUUCUGUUUCCCGUUUUGUCACUGAUGGCGCUGUCUUAUUUUAUUGCAGAUUAUUCCUCGUGAUUACAAGCGAGCUCUUCAGCAGCUCAAAGAAGAGGAGGAGGCUGAGGUAAAUAAUUGUUUAAUCAAAUUUUGGAUACUUUCAGUUGACUGUUUGUUUGUAUUUUUUGUUAAUUUGAGAGGCUCUGAUACCGUAACUUGGACGAGAACAUUGCAAAACGUUUAUGUAAGAGAAGUAUUUAAUAUUAAUCAUUGGUGACAAAGGCAGUGUAAAAGAAAACUUCCGCAUUCUCUCAGCAGAAAGCAAAUUUCCAUUUUUAGUUCCGACGUUUGACGUACACAUUAAAGUUUCUACAAUUAAUUUUGCCCCACGUUGCUAGUUAGUUAAGCCCAAAGGCCAGCUUCUCGACUGCGCAAUCUUGGUUACAUAUCACAACGACAGUCUUUAGCUUAUUUGACCAUGGAUAAUCCAUGAUAUAACAUUCGCCCUAGGGCUGUUGUUUAUCUUUUUUGUAUUGUUAUUGUUGUAUUUUCGCUCUCCAGAAACUCAAGAAGGAUCUCCAAAGCAGUGAGACCCAUGGAGAAAAAACAAAUGGCGAGAAGGGAAAUGGCGAAAAAACAAACGGGGAAAAGAAAAAUGGAGAAAAGACGAACGGAGAAAAAACGAAUGGAGAGAAACACGAAGAUUCUCCUCCGCCAGUCAAAAAACAAACCGAUUCUGGGUUGGUUGAUAUUGAAGCAGCAAUUCCUGAUACAACUAUGGAUCAGAAGGUUAUUGACAGAGUCCUGGACAAAACCAGGUGCGUUUGAAAACAGUUACAGAUCGCUCUAUAAAUAUUUCAACUUGAUGUCUAUCAGCACAAAACUGCUGAAACACCGGUAAAAAGAAUUUUCUGGGUUUUAAUUUGUUGUGGCUUGUCAAAGCAAGCCACUCAAAUGGGAACAAAGAAGGGAAAACAGAGACUUAAAAAUGAAGUUACUGAUAGGCAAGGGUUCAAGUUAGGUUUUGGUCUUUACUUUUUCCAUUUUCCCGUUUCCUGAUUCCCCCUCCUCGUUUCCCGCUUCCCGUUCUCCGUUUUAGUACCGCCCGGGUUUUGCAUGCUCACUGUCUUGUACAUUUUACAUCAGCGGAGUCGUCGGCGGUGGGCCUAAUUGACAAUAGGGAAGAUCGAUGAUACAAGGAAGAACAAGAGACUUAAAUUAUAAUAGUUUAAUUUCAAAAAAGCGAGUGAAUUAUUUUUUUUAUAGCUUGUUUUAUCGCUAAUAAAAAAUUUCAGACAAAGCAUCAGUAAAGUGUAAUAAUAUAUUUUUAUGGCCGUUUGGUUCCGGUUAUAAGAAGGGCCUCAUUUAUAUGGGGAAACGUUGUUCCGGGAAAGAGACUCACCCACCCAGCCGAGUCAACCUAAGCAAGCGUUUAUAUGAGAAAAAAAAUAACCCCUUUGUCAGAGCUAACAGUGCAUGCGCUUGUUCAGAUUGUCUCGGUUUCACCGAGUUGGCCUGACAAUGAGGUAGCCUGUACACAGACGGUUUAUUUUAAUUUAGUUUUUUUUAUGACGCGCGCCCGACGGACUUUGAAGAGAAACUAGAGGGUCUGUUGACAGGCUAGCAAGGAGGAUGACCCUACCAUCAAAAAGGGUGACCCGGCUACCUGGGUCACUCUUCAAGCCGAGCCACCUUGUGUUUAUUUUGAAAACCUUCGCCUCGUUUUGUAAACAAAGCGAAAAGUUAGCUCGCCCAGGCCAGUGACUGACCCAGGCCAAAUUUUCUCCAUAUAUGCGGGGCCUAACUUUUCCAAAGCUCUCUGACUUUUUGUAACUCAAUUCUUUUAUUGCAGAGGGUUUGUUAAAUACUCCAGAAGCAAAGUGAAGUAUCGUCCAGCAAAACAACGAAUGAAGGAUUGGAAUGAGAUUUACUACAACAAAGGCAAAUCAGAGUUAAAAGAACAAGCUGCACGGUAGGUUUGUGACUUUACAUGGCAUAAAUAGUUGUUCGGAAGCGAUCGCUGUAAAGACGAAUUAUAACAUAGCUAGGAAAUUUCGGCUAAUCAAAUUCAAUAGCGCGAGCGUGCUUCAUAUUCCUAUUGAGCACGCUGAUGACGUCAAUAAACUAUUCGUAAUUCCUCGAGUUGUUGUGAGCUUAGUAAUUCUUAGACUCCUGAGUGCAUCCAUAACUCAGCAAUAGACAACGAAGCGUUUACCAUGUGUUUUAUAGGGAAAUUUAAGAGGAAACGUUUGAAUUUGUUAACCGAUAGUGAGGAAAAGAGGUGAGUGUUGUUGUUGUUGUUGUUGUCAUCUCCGCGAGCUGUGCGGGCUAUGGCGUGAGGUCAUUCUUUGCAAAGUUGUUUUCUCUCAAUAACAAUUUUUCGGUAAAUUAAUAGUUUUCCGGCACCUAAAUAUGGAUUUUACAAUCAUUUUAGAGUACACUUUCUCUCAGUUUCAGGACGAAAACAUAAGAUUAACUGUGAGCGAAAAAAAAUAUAGUCACGUAAACAUUGACGCGUACUGCUUUGAGCGCGCCCUACAAUAAAAAAAUUUUAAGUUAACUGCUGCAUUGAUCGCUUUGAUAAUGUUAUAAAACAAUUAGUUCAUGCUGCAGCUGUGCGUAUGUCGAGAUAUUGAGCACGCGGGCAGUUUGGAGAGCACUCAAGAGGCUAGAGUUGCACUCGGCUGCGCCUCGUGCAACUCUUACGCCUCUUUCGUGCUCUCCAAACUUCCCGCGUGCUCAAUAUCUCGACAUACGCACGCUGACGCAUGAACUAAUUGUUAAAUAGAUAAUGUAGCAAGUGAUAGACCCUUCCACGUCGGUUUUUGCAACUUUUGUCCUGGACCAGUCAGGGAAAAUCUGUCUACAACACUGGAAAGAGCGCCUUAAAAUUAGUAAAAUUGCCAAGAUUAAAAGUGAUACGUCUUAAGCGAGCGAAGAUAUAGCUCUUAAAGUUGCGAAAAUUUACAAACGUACUAUAAAAUUUCGCGACUUAAGCCCGCAAGGAGCUAUAUACUCACUCGCUUAAAACGCAUCACUUUCAAACUUGGCUGUUUUACUAAUUUAGAGGCGCUUUUCCCAGCGGAGUUGACGGUCUUUUCCUAACUUGUCUCCAUGUUAAAAGAUGAAAAAACCUUGGAAGAGAAUAACUGAGCGAAAUUGCACAACUGGAAUGUAUAGAGUACACAGUGGACAGAACGUAAACUUGACAGUACAUGACCGAGUUUUUUUUUAUGUACGUGCUUUUUUUAACAGAUGUAUGGAAUGUGGAGUACCGUUCUGCCAGUCUCACACAGGUUGUCCUCUAGGAAACAUCAUCCCCAGAUGGAAUGACUUGGUGUUUCAGGUAACAAAAAACGGCUAAACAGUACUUUAUAUGCUUUAUCUUAAGGUCAAUCCUCUCUGCAGUGGGACGUUGGUCAAACUUUUUCCGAUUGGUUGUUUCUGUUACAGAAACUUAAAUUUCGAAAUAAAUUCGGGAGUCUGCGUACUCGUUUAGAAGCGACAGCAACUUGUAAGGGCGCAAUAAUUCCCUGAAAUAGCAAUGUGAUUAUAUAUUCGACUACGUGGUUUAAACAUGCUUCCGACAAUUAUUUCUUUUUCUGCAUUGAGAAUUAGUCUAUCUUUUACAAAAGUUACCGAUCAUUUUAACAUAAGAGAAAAAGAUGAUAGGUCACCAUACUUGUUUAGGAGAAAAAUAUAAUAUGAUCUUUACCUCUCCCAGUCCGAGGAGCUCCAGCAUCAAGGCAAAAGCCGCCAUGUUUUAAUGUGUGCGUGCUAAUCACGCGAGAAAUUGUGCACAGUGAGGAUGCAUAAUACAGUACUCAAGAAUAACCUUAAGUAAUGAAACGUUAGAACUUAAACGGACUCCUAACAUUUUUAGGAUAAAUGGAAAGAAGCAUUGGAUCGACUGCUACUUACAAACAACUUUCCGGAGUUCACCGGUCGUGUUUGCCCUGCCCCAUGCGAGGUAAGCAAAAGAUUCGGAUUUUUGAGAUGGAUGAUAGUUCCGAGCUAGUCGUCUUCUCGCGCCCAUGACCACGCCAGUUUUACUUAUCAGUAAUAGUUCUCAAAAUUUUUUUACAGGGGGCCUGUGUUCUAGGAAUCAAUGCUGAACCGGUGACAAUCAAGAAAAUCGAGUGCACAAUCAUCGAUCAUGGAUUUGAACAAGGAUGGAUCACACCACAGGUGAACAAUAAGUGGCAUUGUCAACAUACAAAAUAUAGAAAUGUACUUGUCUAUUGGUGUAAGACUCUCAUGCUUGAAUGUGUUUGUAGCUUGCAGGGUUGCAUUAAAGUUGAAUUUAAAUUAUCGAAUCGUUGGAGGCCAGCUUGUGACAUCCUUGGCGGAUUUUUAGAGAAGUGUGGUUUUUAUCACACACGGCUGGGAGUGUGGGUUCGAGUGUACGGUGGAGGUUUAAGUCACGUGGUGUUUCAGAUUUCAGGUUUUUGUUGCCGUCCGCCAUUAUCUGACCUGACCUGAUCUGCCCCGCCCACCUUCCCACCCUUUCUUCUGGUGGUGGGGGAGGGGGGGAGUUUGCUGUUUUAGCAUUUGAAGUAGUACCUGAGUUCUGGUUGUUAUUGUUUGUUGUUCAGCUUUUUGUCUGCCACUGGUGUUGAUAUUACAGUUCAGGCUGAAUUGUUGGCUUGGCAUGACUCCCAUUGCCGGGUAAUUUCCUCGUUGUGUGUGGGAAGUUUAGUAGUUAUUUCGCUUUAGUCCUUGUUGCCCAUCCAUUUUUUGUCGUUUUAAAGCCAUUAUAAAACCGAAGUUUGCAACCACUUUGUUUUUUUUUUUUUUGCCUUCUUCAUUUUAUUGCGCCUUUUUAGACGUUUCCUACAGAACAAUUUUGGCUCAACCUGUUACGGUGUGCAUGUACUAUGUUCUUAAAAAUCCAAAAGACCAUCUUGAUUUGUAAGUGGUCUCGUAAAGUAAAGUUUCCCAUCGAAAAUUGCUCUUCCACUUGCAGAUCCCAACUUACCGUACAGGUAAAAAGAUUGCCAUAAUAGGCAGUGGUCCAUCUGGACUCGCAGCAGCUGCCCAACUGAACAAGGUAACCAUUACUUAGCUCCAAAGUGUGUUCUUUCGUGAUUCAGGCAGGGCCAACCUCCUUUUCUCCUCCUAACUCAAGAAGACAAAAGAAGAUUCUGCUCCCAGGAUGCGUAGCACAUUUUGUCAGAAAACCGCUCCUUUAUUCUCUUGCUACCAGCCUCGUCAUUUUCUUUAUUUUUUCUAAUAAAUGAUGUGUUUGCUGUAUAUAUUAGGCUGGCCACUGGGUCACCGUGUACGAACGAAAUGAUAGAUGUGGAGGAUUGUUGAUGUAUGGCGUGCCACCAAUGAAACUGAGUAAAAAGGUUUGUGUUUGUAACGGGUAUUGCGAUUCUUCUAUAAAGUCGACUAAACUGUGACGUUACUUUAAUGAUGACAACUUAAUUGCGGUUAAAACAUAAGUAACCUUUUAUUUCUGUUUCUUUAUUCCAAAUGCUAUUCUGUACCUCAGAUGCAAUUGCAAGUCUCUCUUCUCUUUUUGCAAAGUUUUGUUGUGGAAAGUAGUAUAAAAUAAUGUGAUCAACGAUGGCCGAAGAAGUAAAAAUCGUAAAUGUCUCCAAAAGGGGGUUAAAGAAUGCCAAUUUGUUACAUAAACCUUAGUCCUUGAAAACUAUAAUUUGUCCUUGAAAAUCCUUGAAACGUCCUUGAAAAUUGUUUGUCUGACGUUGUACGAACCAUGGUUCUAUUAAUGGCCUUUUUUAAGCACGCAACACGUGUAAGCGUCCAUGGGCUCCAUUUUCCUUCUCGUGUAAAGUGGCGAAUGUGACCAGCUUUUUUUCUUUUUUUUUUUUACAGAUUGUUCAGCGACGAAUCGAUCUGCUAGCGGCUGAAGGAAUCAAGUUUAUUAACAACGCUGAAGUGGGAAAGAAUGUGGAUGCCCAGCAAAUUUUAGAUGAUAAUGAUGCUGUCCUACUGGCUGUGGGCUCAACAUGUCCACGCAACAUCCCAUUGCCGGGUAAUUUUUUUCGCACUUUAAGAUGGAGUUUAGUAAGUUAGGACAAGUUUUUGACGCUUAUUCUUCCGUCAAAAAAGUACCGUCCGGUCAUCCGGGACGAGUAGAUUUUGUUUGUGAGCAAGUAACUUUUACAAUUCACUGGCCCAAUGGAGAAGCAAGUCAUCCUCUAACUAAAUCAUUACUAAGGCAACCUAGAAAUGUCCCUAGGGAAGCAAAAGCUGAGAGCUGCUUGCCCAAAGGACAAGCUGGAAUUCAAGUUAAUUUCAAGCCCUGUAAUGGCUGCAAAAAAAAGCCAAUGUAAUUGACAGUUAGGAGGCUGUUCCUGUUGAUGUUUAUUUUUGCUGAGUACGUUUGAACCCUGUAGAUCACAUCGAGUUGGAGACACUCGGAAAGAAGACAUUUUCUGCGGCAGUGCAACAUAGGACCAUUUCAUCAUUUGUUAGGCUGGCUGUCUGCAGACUUUGCCUUUGUUCGGGAUUCUUGUGUAAACGUGAAACUGUCGUGGUUUUUGUAGAAUCAGUUGUUCUUUUUUCUUCUUCAUAUUCGUCUUAAUUUAUUUUAGGCCGUGAUUUGGAGGGUAUUCAUUUUGCCAUGCAGUUCUUGGAGACCUGCCAGAAAAGGCUUAUGGGUAAGAUUUGACCUUCAGAAUUAUACCUUCGCUGAAAUGUUUUGCUGAUUGUGCGGUCUGUCAUCAGUUUAGAUUGAAUUUGUCGUCUAGUCAUGUUUUAUAACAAUAUAAAUUAUAAGAGCUUUAAAAUGGCUAUUAAAUAUCCCAGGAGUCAAUCGGGACGAAGAUGACAGGUUUUAUAUGGGCUUUGGAAAUCCCGGAAAGUCUUGGAAAAUUCCAGAGUCGUAAAGAAUUAAGAAUGAGAUGUUCAUGUCACAGUAAAUAUCGUUUAAACUGUUGAAUGUGUCGUAUAAAACCCCUUCCCAUGCAAAUGGUUAAUAUUCGCAAAAGUAGCUUUGAAAAUUGUGAAUUUUUGUUGUGCUUGUAGGUAACUAUAAUCUACCAUCACUUGAUGCCACUGGAUUGGAUGUUAUCAUCAUUGGCGGAGGUGAUACCGGUGUAGAUUGCAUUGGAACAUCGCUCAGACAGGUAUACCCUACAGCUGUUAUAUUUUAUAACUAGUUCCAGUGCCAAAAUACAAAAUUUUCACGUCAGUGUACAGUUAAGUCAACGUAUGCGCCCGAUUGGUAGGCCAUCGAAUGCCAGCUAGAAGACUGGAGAAUCAAUUUUCGAGCGAUGCAAGGUGUCCACGAAAACUUUUAAACGGAAAUGGAGGGGAAAAAACAGCAAAAACAAAACAAAGCACAUUCUGCACGUCGUUUUAGCCUCGUGCCAGCGUUAGCAGCGCUUUUUUAUACUUUUGUUUCACAUGCCGAAAACUUACUUGUCAGGUGGAGAGAAACGAAAACCGAAAUUAGUACUGGUUUCGCAGGCUACAGACAAAUCAACUACGCUUUCUAUGAUUUAUUAGAAAAUACCCAAAUUGUGACAUCUGCCUUUCUCUAGUAUUCUUAUAUAGUAGAUUAGGUUUAUCAAGACAAGGUGCUCGAAGAAGCUUAGCAAACCUCCGUUAUCAUCUUUUAGUGAUUGCUGCUGGUAAUUAUUAUUUAUGUUUGGUUUGUAAUAUCCUGCAGAAUGCCAAGAGUAUCACUAAUUUUGAAGUGUUGGGAACUCCUCCCAAGAGCAGAAGUGUAACCAACCCAUGGCCUUUGUGGCCACGAAUCUACCGAGUUGAAUAUGGACAUGAGGAGGUAAGCCAUGGAUAACAAAAAAUACCUUUGAAGGCAAAAUGGAAGUGCUAUCGGUGCUAACAGAAAAUAUACCGGACUUCUUGGCAUGGCAUCUUAUGUAUCUGGCAAUAAAGCUGGCAGGCUUUCCCUUAAAAGCAGUUUGCGGAGAAAGGUUCUUGUCUCAAGAAAACUGAUUAACGUAAUUAUAAAUUGUUUAAAUUAUUUGAACCGUCUUUAUUGCUAUUAAAUGUUUUCAAAAGUUCCUGUUACUUUGUGGUAUAGAAGAGAAAAUGAAUUUUAAACCUGCCCGCAAACUUUAGUACCUCAUAGGCGUGUUUUCGAUAUUUUCAUACGAGUACCCUCUACAUUGUUAUGGGGGAGUUACCCCCACCCCCUUGGGUUCUUUUUAGUUAACAGUUCUCUUGAGGGCGGUACUUGUUACUGGUUUGAACGGGUUUAAAGCUUUGUUUCUCAUAAUUUAAAGUAUUUGACUAUUUCCAUCUGUCUUUCAACAGGCUGCUCUGAAAUUUGGUGCUGAUCCCCGUGUCUUUAGCAUUAUGAGCAAGGUAUACGAUCUGCUCACCGCUCAUGCGUUAAUCGGCAAACACUUUCAUUCUUACAAGUUUUAAAUUUCAUUUCGUUAAAGGUUGAAAGACAAAAGUACAAUGUGAAAGUACUGCCAAGGUAGCUUCGUUUGUAAGGUCACAUCAUAGGAAUUCAGAUUCACAGACCCAAAAGUUACAACUACUUACUAAUUACUAAAGAAAGUAAGAAUUGAUUACUAAGUAAAUUUAGCCAUGUAAAAGUACUGCUGAGGAGCUUUCAUUUGAAUGGUAACACCAUAGGAUUUCAUCCACGGACUCAAAAGUUAGAACUACAUACUAAGUAGAUAGUACCAUUUGAAAGUACUGCUCAAGAGGUUUCAGUUGAAUGGUAACACCAUAGGAUUUCAUCCACGGACUCAAAAGUUAGAACUACAUACUAAGUAGAUAGUACCAUUUGAAAGUACUACUGAAGAGGUUUCAGUUGAAUGGUAACACCAUAGGAUUUCAUCCACGGACUCAAAAGUUAGAACUACAUACUAAAUAGAUAGUACCAUGUGAAAGUACUGCUCAAGGGGUUUCAGUUGAAUGGUAACACCAUAGGAUUUCAUCCACGGACUCAAACGUUAGGGCUUCGUACUAAAUAAAUAGUACCAUGUGAAAGUACUGCUGAAGGGGUUUCAUUUAAAUGGUAACACCAUAGGAUUUCAUCCACGGACUCAAACGUUAGGGCUUCAUACUAAAUAAAUAGUACCAUGUGAAAGUACUACUGAAGGGGUUUCAUUUAAAUGGUAACACCAUAGGAUUUCAUCCACGGACUCAAACGUUAGGGCUUCAUACUAAAUAAAUAGUACCAUGUGAAAAUACUGCUGAAGGAGUUUCAUUUAAAUGGUAACACCAUAGGAUUUCAUCCACUGACUCAAACGUUAGGGCUUCAUACUAAAUAAAUAGUACCAUGUGAAAAUACUGCUGAAGGGGUUUCAUUUAAAUGGUAACACCAUAGGAUUUCAUCCACGGACUCAAAAGUUAGAACUACAUACUGCUGAAGGGUUUUCUCUCUUCUGUUCUCGAGUCUUAAGCGCGGUAAUUUCUUCUACCUUAUACCCCUUUCUUCACCUUAGUGAAUAAGAAAGAAAAAAGAAACUACUGGUACCAGCGUAGUUUCGCCGAAGCUUUAAGUCCACGAUUUUGUUUUCCCUUCAAGCUUCGAUCAAAUAGGGACAGUGCGAAACAUUUUUGAAAAAUCCAUCUUCGUGAAUGGGAUUUGAACAAUAUUUAUGACUUGCCUUUAACCUUUUUUUUUUUUAACAGGAAUUUGUUGGAGAUGAGCGAGGCCACGUGAAAGGAAUACGGACAGUGGAAAUCGACUGGGUUCAGGUGAGUUGUAUACGGUAAUGUGUCGCAUUAUUUUCUGUAGCAACCAUUAUCAAAACAACAAAGGACCCUGAAUCGUCAUUUAAUAAUUGUAAGAGCAGUUGGCAGAUAAAUUUUCAAAGGAAUCACUGAGAGGUCAUAAAAUGCGCUAGUCUGCCCCAAACUAGUGGGGCGAAGUGGGGGAGGGCGGUUAUUAGAGGAAAUGCGCUAAGUAGCUAAGCUCAAAUGAUAUUCUUAAAUUAUAGGAUGCUUCUGGACGGUGGACAAUGGAGGAGAUUCCCAACUGCGAAAAAGUUUUCAAAGCUGAUCUGGUCAUAAUUGCGGCAGGAUUUCUCGGACCUGAGAAAACUUUGGCAGAGCAGUUUGGAAUUAAAAAGGUAAGAAGGACGGGUUCAUAGGUGAUUCGUGAACCUACCACAAAGAUGCAGGCGUAAUUUAGGGGCGAAUAACGCUCAGUAUUUUCUGUUUGUAAUCGCCAUUUUUAAUUUUGAAACCAAAGAAAGUGUGGCCGUGGUAGCCACUUAAACUUUGGCUCAUAAAUCAGUUGCAGUAGAUAAUAGAUAGGGAUUAACUAACCACUCUAAACAAGAUUAUUGUGAAUCUUAGGGCUGUUGCUACAAGUUUUCUUAAAUCAACUUCUCGCCUUUCACAAGUUCAACGGAUCCCUGUUUAACAACCGCCCUCUUACGCUUACAAAUUUCUUCUCAUCAUGGAGUGUUUACUAAAUAAUCCCUGACAGGGUGCAACAGAGAUGCUUGUAUGAUAGGUUUGCUGUGAAAAGUGAUUAUUUUAAACCCCCGGGUUAAAAACUCUUUCAUGUAUCUUGUGUUAACCAGGUACUGUUCUCAGCUCUGUUACUAGUAUUUUUCUGCGAUCAUAAGGCGCUCGAAAAAAAAAUCUCGAAAUAACUUGACAUGGUAUGGAAGCGGAGUGCGAGAUUGUUGGGAGGGCAUGAAGUGUACAAUGUACCCUGGGUGCCAGAGACUGUUCUUGCGCGAUUUGUCCCAAGAUUUCCGCCACACGCGAGAAAGAAGCCUCUGGUCCCCAUUGUCUGAACAAUGAGACUGUAAACAACUUUUGAACAGAUUAUUCCGCAUGAUGCUUCCUCUGCAAGACUCAUCACAUUUUUUCAAUUUAAAUUAAUGCCGAUUUUCUGUUUUGCCUUCACAGGAUCCCAGGAGUAAUUUUGCGACUGACAAGAACUGCUUUUUGACCAGUGUUCCCAAAGUGUAUGCAGCCGGAGGUAAGAUACCUUGCUCUACUGGCUAAAGGGGCUUCGUCGCGAAAUUUAUCACAAGGAAACUCAAGUAAAGGCGUCUUGAGCGACGCAUGCCAAUCGGAAGUGGGGUCUUUUUCAUUUUAAAGCACCUUAACGCUACCAAAUUUGUGUUUCUAAGUGUCUUUACUAUUAUAGAGGCGAUUUGUCCAAAAAUUUGGUCAAAACCGCCGUCCAAAAAUGAAAAAAAGACCACUUCCGGUUGACGUGCGUCGCUCAAAAACGUCUUUGCUUAAGCCCACUAAACUUCAAACGGAGGGAACUGCUACAAAAUUAAGUGAAACAAAAAUAACCGCUCAAGAAGUUAGAAUAGGGUAUAAAUAACAAAGCAAAUACAGAAGGAAGCAAAGAUGGACAAACUUGAAGAAGAGUGAAACGGAUUGCAUUGGUGAUUUUUGAACACUUGUUUGGCUAACUGUUUUUCAAAACUCAUUUUUGUUCUUUGUAAUGACUGAUAUUAAUGCUUGGGAGACAUUUUGUUUGACAAAAAGCUGCGACUCAUUUUAUCAUUCACGAGUAGUUUCGCAAGUUUCGUUGCGAAUAAGGACGCGUAACUCGCGUGCGUUAACUGGUAUUAAAAACAAAAUGAACUUGACAGCCGAGAUACAACCCUUCAAGUCCGUCUGAGAAACAGCGCCGAAAUCCUUGCUCUGGGCCCCCACCAGUGUACCAAGAUUUGUGUACGCGCCAUGAUUGGUCCAUUAAAAAAGCUAUUGUCAAUUUGCCAAUCAAGUUGAAGAGACGCACUUCCGGUAAUUCGUUGAGUCCGUGGAGGGCCCAGAACAAGGAUAAAGGCGCUGCUUUUCAGACGGUAGGGUUACGUCUGCGACGUAGGCUAGAGAUAUGAUGCAUAGCCUUAAGUCAGCCCAUAUUUUCUGAAGCUUUGCACUCAGAAUGGCGUGAAAUUUGAUUUUCCAUUCUUGAGUUGGGUGCCCUGUAAUCUUCAUCAUCACCAUCAUCAUCAUCAUCAUUAUUAAACGAUGAAUGCCAAGGGUGUGAAAAUACAAGUCGAAGCGGUUUAUUUUAAAAAGGCAGAGAUCGAACUAUCCAUCUUUAUUUUCAGAUUGCCAUCGGGGACAGUCUCUGAUUGUAACAGCCAUUUCAGAGGGAAGACAGGCUGCACGCCAAAUCGACCUCGAUCUUAUGGGUGAGACCUCCCUGGCGGGACCAGGAGGUCAAAUACACAGUGUAACACCCAUCACAAGGGCAAUUCAAUCGGCUGCCUAAAAGAGUAUACCCCUUGAGAUAAUCACUGAAGCUACAGGAACCCGGCCUUUGUUUCAGUAUAUAGUAGGCCACCCAAUGUAAGGGAAUGAAUGGAUCCCUGAAUCUUGGAAAUUUUUGCUGUGGAAUCCAGAAUCCUAGGCGUUGGAAUCCGGAAUACAGCUCUAUGAAUCCGGAAUCCCACUAACGUCCGGAAUCACGAGUUCCACUGACAAAGAAUCUGGAACACUUUACAUAGAGUCCGGAAUCCAGAAUCCAAAAUUGUCUUAGAUUCCUUUACAUGUGGCGAAGUAGGACACUCACGGUGUAAAUUAAUUUAUAAGUUAUUAUUAAAAGAAGAGAACUUAAAAUGAAGGAAUUUAUUAGUGUAAUUUAAAGCAAACGAUUUCGUAACUUAUCUAUAUGUCAUUCACCUGUAUUCAUCAACAACUUAUUUAAACACAAAAAAAAAUUGAAAAUAAUCUUAUUUUUCGUGGCGGUAGUUUUAAAGGAAGGAAUUGUUGAGUUGUGAAAAAAUAUUUUACGGUUUAAA